AUGGCAUCGGAAGCAGUCUCGGGCAGUUUCGGAGGCCGCGGGGGUAGCCCCGCUGGAGUAUUCCUGAGCAUCACGGAUGCAGUCGCCUACGGUAGUUUCUCUGAACCACAGACUCCCGGAAGUCCAGGUGGGCGCGCCGGGGCUGGGAAAGGAGGUGGCGCCGUCACAAUAAAGGCGACCUCAGAUAUUAUUGUCGACGGCGUCCUGUCUGCCAACGGGGGUAGCGGGAUGUCGAAUGGCGGUGGCGGCAGCGGUGGAAGUGUCUAUCUUGAAGCAAGCGUGAUAAAAGGUUAUGGCACUAUUUCCGUUCGCGGUGGAAACGGCGCUGGUGACGGCGGCGGCGGUGGUGGUGGAAGGAUAUCGCUUGGUCACAGUGCACAACUUUACUCUUUCUUGGGUAAAACGCUGGCAGACGGCGGUCUUGGUGGCACAACCGAGGGCGAUCUCACAAUUAGCGGAUUUGGGGCCUCUUCCGCUCAGUCAAGCUACGGUACGGUGUACGGAAAGCUGGGAUACGACGCAAACAGGGGGUGGCGGCCGACAUCCACUUCCGGUGCUUACCUGGAGGCGUCACUUAACGCUGACAGCUAUGUGACAGCAGUGUCCACAAAGGGCGGUGGCUCCUCGGGAUAUUACAUCACGAAGUACACCGUCCGUUACUAUAACGCGACCUCGGCGUCCUGGGUCCAAGUAGGUGAUCAAAACUACGUUUUCACGGCGAACAUCAAUAGCGGCGGUACGGUGACCGUAGCAUUGCCGUACCCCAUAAAGACCAGACAGAUUCGACUCUACCCUGCUAGCUGGCAAGGUACCAUCGAGCUAGCCAUGGCACUGCGAGGUUAUGCGCCCGGCACAACAUCGCUGGAACCAGUUGGGAUAUGCGCAGCUGCAACGAAAGCCGGAAGCGGAGGUCCUGGUACAGUGUUCCACUGGCGUAAGGGCACUGUGUCCACCCUGGUCAUCGACAACUACGGCAAGCCUACCAACAUUCCGUACACGAAGAAUGGCACCACUUGCACCACUGUCCUUGACGUCAUCAAACAAGGAGGCGCUGCAUAUCUGAUGGACUUCCACGACGAUCUGAAGGAGGUGCUGGUCUUUGACGGCUCACAUCUCGUCUUCGCCGAUAAUUUUGGCGUGGAUAACAUCUAUGGAGACGGACGCUCAAUGAUUCACGUCAUCGAACAAUCCGCUCUGAAAGUCGCGCAGAAGAUCACGACACAUGCGCACGUUUUUGCUGGCUCCAGUCUCGUUUUGGGGAAGGAAAAUGAAGCUGUAUUGGUAGGAACCACCUUCAUACAAGGACAGUUGUUACUCGGCCUCCCGGAGAAUCAAACGCUGACCUUACAAGAUCCCGCAAAAGUUACUAUAGAUUCAACAGAAAUGACUGGUAGUACAAUGUAUGGGCUGAAAGUAGGUGCUUUAAGCGCGUUAACAAUUACAAACCCCAACCAUGUAUUCGAUCUCAACGUCAAAGAGAUUCUAGUGAACGGCGCGUUCAAAGUAAGUGGUAACAUGAGCAUUACAAAUUUAACGAAGUUUACUGUCGGUACAACGGGUUCAGUUGAGUUCAAUCCUAGCUCCUCUGACCUUUAUCUUGGCGGAAUAAUUGACAUUCGUGGCUCUGUCAAGCUGGGCAAGCACGUGUCCAUCGUCUACCCGUGCACGCAGUUUUUGCUUGAAGGCGGUACUCUCACAUGGCCCAACACAAUUGACGUCAUAACCAUGGAAUGUGACGUCAUAACCAUCAACGGUGUUUUCUCCCCGGGUGUGAUUUCUUUCGGUGAAGGAGCUACCCAAUUUAUGGUAGGCACUGCGGGAACAUUUACGAUGACAGCCGACGGCCCAAUUAUUGCUGACACCGUUGGAAUCUCUGGUAAAAUGUACGUUAACAACCUAGCGACAUUUAAAUCAAAGACCACUGCUGAUGACAGGAUAAACACAUUUGUUAUCAACCAUCCUAACGGUAUUUUGCAAUUGAAUACAAAUUCGUUGCCUGGACGGAAAAAUGGCGUUCAGAUUGACAGCACAUGCAGCACGCUGAAUGUACGUACGUUGACUAUCGACAAAACGUUUACCGCAUCUAACAUCAGUAUUGGAAAAGGAAUAGACAAAAUAAGCGUCAACCUUUACGGAUCCUGGGUCUUCACACCAUGUGGCGACUAUAAAGUCGACGAACUAUACUGCAACGGAACUAUGACGUCAACAAAGCCACUGACGUUGAUAGGGUACUCAAUCGAUAAGCUGAGAUCUCUCCAUCUCGAAUACGGCGGCAAGAUCACGUUAGAUUCGUUGGCUCAGUCAUCCAAAGCCUGGACAGGCGUUUCCGUUAUUGGAGUUCACGAGUUCAAGUUGUAUGGCGAUAUCAUGGCCGGAAAAUUGACAAAUUACGUGGGGGAUUACGCAGGGUGGGAUCGCCUGGAUAUCAAUGUCAACGGUUCCUUCUAUUUUCUUCCAAAUGGACCAUUUAUAAUUGAUUACUUGUACGUCAACGGGUACUUUGAAGCUUACGGUAAAGUUAAUAUGACAUCAAUUAAAACGUUAUUGUCUGUCCACAUAGACACCAAGGGCACGGUCAAAUUUGACUCGCUGCUUUCGUCCAACUGGGUUUCAGAAUCGGCAGUAACCGCUGUAAGCAUUGACAUGGAAUCUCAAUCGCAGUGGAUUUCCGGAAAUACGGUAUGGGACGUCACAACCUUCAAGGUGUCUGGUCGUCUAUAUUGUCAUCCGUACAACGAAUCCAAAAUCGUCUAUCUGACCGUGGAGAGCGGAGGCUUGGUAGAAUACACACGUCCAAACACCUUGAAAGGAUUCACGUGCACGGUUGAGUCCGGCGGAACCAUGAGCAUGUUUUACCAGCGCACGCCUGAGAAGACCAGUGAAGGAUGCGAAGCUACGCAGCUCUUGUAUAAGACUUUGAACGUUCACGGUACUCUACGCGCAGGUUCCCUGUACAUCGGGCCGCUCGGAGACGGGAAGCAGUUCUGUCAGAAUAUUACAAUUUCUGGCAGUCUUGACGUAACGGGAGGUGGUUACCUAUAUGACAAAGGACCAGGUGCGGGUGUGGUCUCCACCAGUGGCGGCAGCGGCGGAAGUCACGGCGGGCGAGGCGGCAAGGGUAGCGGAGGCACGAAGGCCACCUGGGCGUACGGCGACAUCUUCCGGGAGAGCCAGUGGGGUUCGGGUGGCGGAAGCUACACUCCGGGCUCAAACAAUGGCGGCAUCGGCGGUGGUUACGUUCACAUGUAUGCGACUGAAAACAUCAUCAUCAGCGGUACUGUCCGGGCGGAUGGAAAAGCAUCGACGUACGGUCACUCGGGAGGUGGUGCAGGAGGCAAUAUCUACAUGAACAGCGUUGUCAAUUUUGAGCUGACCGGAAGGAUCUACUGUAACGGCGGGUCCGCGUCAAACAUGGGCGGCGGUGGUGCCGGCGGUCGCGUGCACGCGUAUUUCAAGUUUGGCAAAUAUCAGUCGGGUUACGUAGAGGCGAAAGGCGGGUCCUCGGCUCAAGGCGAGGCCGGUGGUCCUGGCGUCUCUUACUUCCAAGGAACCGACAUCCGUAACCUCAGGGUCGACAACCGCUGUCAGCAGCCCAAGGUAACUGAGCCUACUUCCACAACGGCUGGGGCCACUGAGUAUAAUGCUUAUCUCAACACAGGUGCAAUCGCCUUCCUCCGCCCUGACGACACCACUGGCAGCUACACGUUCGACUUCACGCACGUGGAACUGUACGGUGGCGCGCACUUGGCGUUCAACGGAACCGAAAAUACCCUACAGACGCAGUUCAUGUAUGGAGACGACACCGGCCAUCUGCAUAUCGGACCGGGACAGAAGUUUAUUUUGACUGACGUGUCUCAGUACAGGCGCCACAACGUCUCGUAUGAGGUGUACCUUUACAAGGACGCAACGUGGAUCUGGCCGGAAACCACAGUGGAGUUCAGGAAGCCGCUCGACCAGCAGGCGCUGGCGAUGCCGACGUCUGCCACUUCAUGCGCUGCCAGCGUCCUCCGAACCUCUUCCGGGAGAUUCUGGGGCACGAUUGACGGCACCAACUCCCAUUUGCUGGUAUCUACUGGUUCCACGGUGAACCUCGGUACGGACGGUGUACGUGAGAACCAGUUCGCCAAUCUCACCAUACAGGACGAGGGAACGCUGGAUCUCAUCUCUACAUACGGCCAGAUCGACGAUAUAUGGACACUUACGGCAAACUUCCGGUUAAUACAGGUCCGCCGCGGCACUCACAGCGGUCAGAUCACCAUCGAGGCGGGAGGGACGCUGAAGGCGAGAAACCUGAACAUCCACACGGACAUACUCAAGGUCGACAAGCUCGGAACGCUGACCUUGACCGGAGCAGGGCUCACUGACGGAGCGGGUGUGGGCGUCAAUAAGGCGGGAGGCAGCUUCGGUGGACGAGGCGGUAAAGGAAACUAUGGUGGAACGGCUGGUAAUUCUUACGGUGACGUUAUCAACUCAAAUAUCCUGUUUGGUUCCGGUGGAGGUGGUGCGUCUUCCACAUUUGGCGCCGGUGGUGGUGCCCUGGAGCUCGAUAUCACACAGUUCCUCAUUGUAGAGGGAACCAUCGAGUCAAACGGAAAGGCCGGCAGCGGUAAUACAAUUGGUGGCGGUAGCGGCGGCUAUAUUCUUGUCCAUACGCGCGACAUUGAAGGUUCCGGUAACGUUAGGGUAGCCGGUGGAGCCGGGGGAACGGAUACCGGUGCUGGCGGUGGCGGGCGUAUUGCAGUCUAUUAUAAGUACGCUGACUACUGGUUUGGUUCCCUGGAUGCCAGGGGAGGAGCCGGGAGCUACGGCAUCGGUGGAGCGGGGACGGUGUACUUAAAGGACACCAAGUCUGGCGCCCAAAACGAGACGCUGAUAAUCGACAACUUCGGCCAGGUGCUGUCGACAGUGGCAAUUGCGGACAAAACGUACGCGGCCUACGCCACUGAAGGGAGCCGGACGUGGAUCGCUGACUCAACUCUGACCGAGAUGAACACUAUUAGGAUCGUCAGGGGCGCUGCGCUAGCUAUCCAUCCGAAUUUAACGAAGACAGCGUUUACUUUGCGCGCAUUCCGCUUCGAAGGUGACAGCACGGGCAGUCUGCACGUUGGACCCGGGCAGAUGGCGGUGGUGCAGCACCCUGAGGAUCUGGAGCUGCUUGUCAACAUCUACGUGUACAAGGGCGGCAAGCUCGUGCUACCCACUGACUUCAUCUGCCACAAUAUCAACAUUUUUCUAUGGGGUUCAAUUGGCGGUUAUGACAUGACAGUGGGUGACGGCUGCUCCGUGUACCUCGGUUCCAGUGUGGCCACGACUCGCACCGGCGUAGUGGAGGAUCCCGGAACCUUCGACCUUGUGAACAUCGUCGUCGCCGCCGGUGGCAAAAUCACCGCAACUCCGGAUCUCACCGGCGAGACCAACGAAAUUUACAUUCAGGCGGAUACAUUGAGGGUUCAGGGCGGGGGUCGUAUCCACGCCGUGCAUGUGGACAUACGGGCUCAGCAACUGACCGUCGAUGACCUUGGCGAGAUCAUUGGUGACCUUCACACGAUCGCUUGCACAACAGGGUCGGGCAUUGCCGGAAGCUCUGGUUCAGGCGCUGGUCAUGGUGGUAGAGGUGGGGGGAGUACCAGCAAUCCAAAUACCGGCGCGCCCUAUGGUCAGACGGUGCAACCGGUAACGAGAGGAUGCUCCGGUGGUACCGGUAGUGCAGUAUCCGGCUCCGGCGGUCGCGGCGGUGGUAUUAUCUACAUUCGCGCCGACGAUUUCCUGCAGAACGACGGCCAGAUCAGUUGUAAUGGCGAAGCCGGAACCGGCUCCAGCGGAGGUGGCAGCGGUGGCUCUAUUCUUAUGGACAUCAACAAUGUUAAGGGUUAUGGUGAAUUCCAAGUUAUCGGAGGGGAUGGUUCCGCUCACGGCUCAAACCAGGGCUGUGGUGGCUCUGGAGGCCGUAUCGCCAUGUACUUCAACAAGAACUUCACGUUUACUGGUUCCUGGGACGUCUACGGAGGCAACACACCGUCUCCCGCGUGCGACGGUGCUUCCGGAACGGCGUUCUUUUACCACAACAUUCACAAACACACGACGCUGCUCAUAAACAACUUCGGCCGUGGAGUGCCGGGCGAAGAGGGUGCCAUCAAAGACUACAGUAACCUAGCGACCGACACAUCGCACACUUGGUUUUUGCCUGACGCUGGGACCAACACUAGGUUGCCAACUACAACCAACACGUUCACGUUUGACGAGCUGCAGAUAUUUGGUAACGCCCACCUGGCCGUUCUGACUAAUCCAGUGGGCGCGAACGCAACUAUAUACUUCGAGAACAUGAUAGGAGACCGCACCGGCGCCGUGCACGUGGAUGCAAAACAGACGUUAGACCUUGAAAGACCGAAGAUCGAUCUCCCAUUCAACGUACACGUCUACCCUGACGGCGUGUUGGGUCUUGCCCCGGACACGUACGUGGAAGACAUUGAGAUCUUCCUCAACGGAACGCUGGCUCACAUUAAGAACCUCACUUUGCACCACGACGGCAACCUCUGGCUGUACCAACAAGGGAGAACUUCCGGUCUAAAAGCCGGAAACUACGCGUUUGAUUUUCUGCACGUGAAGACUGGGGGAUACGUUCACAUGAUCACAGACCCUGUUAAGGAUCUCGGAAUCAACUUUAAAACGAUUUCCACGCACAUCGACGGCGGUGGUAUCAUGCGUGGUACUCAUCUGUAUUUUCACUCCACAAACAUAACUAUCGACGCCGGCGGGAGUCUUAAUGCAGACUAUCUCGGUUACCGCGCAACAGAUCGUAACACAAAUUCGUCUGGCACGUACGGGCUUAUCAAUCCAGGUCUCGGACGCACUGGAACUCUUUCCUCUUCCGGUGGUGGCCACGGUGGUAGCGGUGGUCGCGGAGAAGGUGAAUCAAUCGGCGGUAAGCCAUACGGAGACAUAUACGAGCCGACUAUGUUUGGCUCUGCCGGCGGAGGCGACGGUGGCGGAAGAGGCGGAGGUCGCAUCUGGCUCAACGUGACCGACACCAUACACAUCGACGGCCAACUGACGGCUAAUGGCGAGGCGGGCAUCACGGUGCUCGGAAAACUCGCAGGCGGCGGAAGCGGCGGUAGCAUCUGGCUACACUGUGACACGGUUACCGGGUUUGGACAGAUACAAGCCGCCGGUGGUAGAGGGUCGGCCGGUGAUAUCGAUGUUGGUUCCAGCGGAGGUGGAGGAGGCGGUGGUCGAAUCGCCAUGUAUUUCCAUUUGAAUACGACAUUCAGUGAGUUCCGGUACCUUGCCAAUGGUGGACUUGCAGGGCGAGUGUGUGAUAAGUGCGAGGCAGGCGGACCGGGCACCGUGUUCUUGUAUCACAUGGUGGAAGAACAUCGGACACUUAUCAUCGACAACAACGGUGGACCUUCGCCAAUUAACAAGUACGUUAACUGGACACAUCUCGAUGAAGAUGGUGGGCGAGCAUGGAUAUUGCCCAUUUCCGGUCAGCACGCGUUUGCAACUGGGACUACCGGUAGCUACGCAUAUGAAUUCGAGGAGCUUCAGAUUUAUGGCAAUGGCCAUCUUGCGGUAAUGCCACCGACAAAAGCUAAUGUAGAUAAUGGCGAUGACGAUAACACUAGCCUUCAAGGCGGUGUGAAUAAGAACGACUAUAAAGUGAUUAUAUUCUUUAAGUACAUGAUUGGAGACAGGACCGGUUCGGUUCAUGUAGGCAACGGACAGGCAAUGGACCUCCUUACAAAUAUGGAUCGUGAAGAAAUGGACCUUCCCUUCAAUACGUACACUUACUACGGGUCUUACCUGGGUCUUGCCCCAAUGACGUUCGUUCACGGGGUAGAAAUUCACCUUGCGGGUUACCUUGCAAACGUUAACAAUAUCACGCUGCGUCUGGGAGGCUAUCUUUGGCUGAAACAUGGCGGCCACACAACCCAGGAGCCAGAGAGCUACUACAAGUUCGAUUACGUGAAAAUUCAAGACGAUGCCGUGUUGAACGCUACCACGGAUCCAAUUGCUGAAGUGGGAAUCACGUUUAAUAUUGAUGCAAUUACUAUUGAAGGCGGAGGAGUUAUGCACGGAACGUAUGUUACGAUAAACGCUCAGAAUGUCACCAUUGACGCCGGUGGUCUUUUGUCGGCCGAUGGCUUGGGAUACAGACAUGAGCAUUCUAACAGCACCCAUGGUAAAAGUUCUGUAUACGGAGUUGUUAAUCCAGGAGCUCCGGAUUCUAUUAGCGGCAUUGGCGGCGGUGGCGGUCAUGGUGGUAGCGGUGGCAAGGAGGUGUCCGCAACAUCUAGGGCUGGAUUCGCCUACGGUGACAUAUAUGAACCACGGAAGAUGGGUUCUUCUGGUGGUGCAGGCGUCAAUAAAGCCCCAGGCGGCAGCGGAGGUGGACGACUUUGGUUCAACGUGACGGAGACGAUCUUUAUUGACGGUCUCGUCAGUGCAAAUGGCGCAAACGGAGUUAACGGUUCCGGUGGUGGAUCCGGGGGCUCCGUUUGGAUGCACUGUAACAUUCUAAAGGGAUACGGUAAAAUCGUCGCACAUGGUGGCGACGGUUCAAAUUAUUCUGUAGAUACCGGAAGUGGGGGUGCUGGCGGCCGCGUAUCGGUUUACUUCCAGGUGAACAAAACCAUGUCUGCCUUCCGGUAUCAGACUUAUGGUGGAAAUAAAGGCGGGCCAUCGUCCGAGAAUGGUGGCGCGGGUACUGUGUUCCUCUAUCACAUGCACGAGGACCAUCGCACCAUUAUCAUGGAUAAUGGAGGGCGGCAUCCAAGGGACCAAAGUAACGUUAUUAAAGACUAUGCCGUUCUCACUUACGAUUCUGCUCGGGCCUGGAUCUUACCUGAGUCCGGCUAUAAUAAAUUCGCAAAUGGAAAAUUUACCUUCCAUUUUGAAGAAAUACAGAUGUAUGGGGCUGCUCAUUUAGCUAUACUUCCGCACCCAGUGGGAGCGGAAGUGGAUCUAUUCUUCCACAACAUGAUCGGUGACCGCACGGGAACUGUGCAUCUUGGCGAUAAUCAAGUUAUGGAUCUUGAAAGACCUGAAAUCGACCUCCCUUUUAAUGCAAGGGUCUAUGCUGGUGCAUUUAUCGGCUUGGGCCCGGUAACGAUUGUUCACGGAGUAACGAUCUGGCUUCAUGGCGAAAUGGAUCACGUGGAAAAUCUCACUCUGCAUCACGACGGUUAUCUUUCCUUAGAAACUGGUGGUUUUACAACCGGAAACGUUCCGGAUGUGUUCGAUUACCUUUGGGUAAGAAUUCAGGACAACGCCACAAUAAGCAUAUUAACCGAUCCAGUUGCCGAUCCACAGUCAACGUUCAACGUUGCUAACUCAAUUACUAUGGAAGGUGGUUCGAAUUUCGUUGUAACCAAUACGAAAAUCGUCACAACUGAUAUAAUACUGGACUACGGCGCGUCUCUGCAUGCAGAUUCUACUGGGUAUCGCGCUAAUGACCCGAAAACAGUAAAGACUAAUAUUGGCUUGGGCACAACAAACAGUGGCGGUUCUUCUGGCGCUGGGCACGGAGGAACCAGUGGUAAGGGAAGCGGAACCACUCUUACCGGACAGCCGUAUGGGCACCUGUUUCAGCCAUAUCAAAUCGGCAGCGCUGGGGGCGGCGGCGCUAACAUUGGCGGGCAAGGCGGCGGUAAGAUCGUUCUCGAGGUUUCCGGUAUGUUGAUGGUAGACGGUGAGAUCCGCGCUGAUGGCGGUGACGGAAAAGGCGGGUAUGGAGGUGGCGGUUCCGGUGGAACGUUAAUGAUAAACACAGUCAAAUUUCGCGGAAUGGGUAAUAUAACGGCAAACGGAGGCAGUCGUUAUGCGGGCGGAAGUGGUGGUGGCGGUUCAGGUGGUCGCAUCGCACUGUACUUCCGACAAAACGUAACAUACUGGGGACAGUUCCAAUGUCACGGUGGCUUUUCUGACGGCAACGCUGAACCAGGUGGCCCCGGGCCAGUUUUCAUAUACAAUGUUCAAGAGGAUCACAGUACGCUGUACAUCAAUAACAACAAGCUCAAAACGCCGUCUGAAGUGAAUCUUAUACGGAACUAUACUGAUAUCAGCCAAGAUCGCUUUAAGGCCUGGGUUAUGCCGGCGUCUUCUGACCACUGGCUUACAGGAGGGAAAAGCGACUACAGUUUCGAUGAACUUCAAAUAUUCGGCAAUGCCCAUUUAGCGUUAUUACCAGAGCCUUACAACAAUGGAUGCAACAUUCAUUUUAAACACAUGAUAGGCGACCGAAGUGGGUUCAUUCACAUUGGACCAUACCAAAUUAUGGAUCUGAAGCGACCUUUCCUAGAUACGCCAUUCAGUUCCUACGUUUACGAUGGAGGCUACCUCGGUUUAGCGCCAGACACAUUCCUUGAAAGUGUAUUUGCUCACAUUGAAGGAACGGUUGAUCAUAUACACAAUCUAACGUUGGUGCAAGGCGGUGGGCUGAAACUGUUUAAAUCUGGUUCCACUAAUAAACUAAGUCCCCUCACGUACAAGAUUCUCGGCUUGACAGUGAUCAAGGCAGAAUCAUACAUCAAUUGCUCGAACCCUAACGCAGAUUCCGAUGCUUAUAAGCUUACAUUUGGCUGGGUGAUUGUCGAGGGAGGUGGCUUGAUCAAGGGCGGUAACCUUAAUAUAACGGCAACCGAUUUCUACGUUGAUGACGGAGGCCAAGUUGAUGUCAGCAACGGUGGCUACAGACCUAACGCAGGACCUGGCGUUGGCAUCGACACGAGCGGAGGUUCGCAUGGCGGCAUAGGAGGUCGAGGAGGUUGUGACGGAUUCACGACGUGUCGGCUAGAGCGGAACAGGCCGUAUGGAUCCCUCUAUAAGCCGUCCGCCCACGGUUCCGGUGGUUGGCAAACUAAUGGAGGCACAGGUGGUGGUUUGUUGCACAUGGAUGUUCUGCACACGCUGGCAGUCGAUGGUUAUAUCAAGGCAAACAGCUAUGACACUGGAAGUAGCUUCAACGGAGCCUCAGGGGGCACUGGUGGAAGCAUCUACAUAAAAACACACAACUUCACAGGCAGUCACACGGGUCACAUCCAGGCACUAGGUGGGGCAGGUGACAAAGUUAACGGUGGUGGUGGUGGUUCUGGUGGUAGGAUCGCACUUUAUCAUCAGAGACAUGAGACCAUACCGCUGUACCGUGGGUACUUUGAUGUGUAUGGAGGGGCAAAUGGAACGCACGCUGAGGCCGGAUCAUCUGGGACUGCCUAUGUUAAAGAUGCUGAGAGAGAGUAUAGUAUGCUGAAAGUGGACAACAAUGGUCAGAAACAGAUUGCUGAGGACACAACUGUGUGGAAUGAAGGCUUCAGGAUUGACCUUUCAUCAGCCGCAUCGACAUACAGCAAAGCUAAAUCCUACACCACCACCGACGGACACACUGUUGAAAGCAGUGCGGCCAUAUAUGACUGCAACUGCAAUUACUACGGGUGUUACUGCCCAUACAGCAACGCUCCCUCUUACUAUCGACUACACCACCUGUUUGAUCAGACCCUGAAGGGUCACGGAGAUGAUUACUACAUGGCCUGGGCCAAAACAUCCACAAUCACUAUAACACUGGCACAGCCGAUGUUCAUCAACAAGAUCAAAGUGUAUCCAGUGGCUAGCCAUUAUACCAAAUUCAAGGUUGUUGGAUAUGAUUCCACAAACAAAGCAUUUGAUGUUACACCUAACUUCAUACAGCCAAGCACCAAACCAACUCAAGGUCAAUAUGUAGACCUGGCAGUUGGAAAACGGGCAACCAAGUUUGUGUUUGACCUCUCUGGAAGCUCGCGGACAUAUUCCUACGCAGCCUUGAAUGAGAUUGAAAUAUUUGCAGAGGAGUCGGUGGAAGAACUACGGUACAAACACAUUGGGCUGCAGGGUGCAUCAACCUGGAUCUUUGCUGACAAAGGAGAGGCCUUCUCGUUUAGUGAGAUCUACAUCCUUGGCAACGCUCACCUUGCGUUCAUGCCCAAGAAUUCAUACACUGAUUCCUCAACAGUUUUUGCUGGAAAUGUUGUGGGUGACAAGACUGGCUACUUCCAUAUUGGAUACAACCAACAGAUGACUAUUAACAAGACUGACUAUGAUGUGCCAUUCAACACACAUGUUUAUGAGAAGGGGCACAUCAUCUUCCCACCAAGGAAUUUCUUUUACAAGACGAAAUUGUUCUCAUCUGGGAAGGUGUCUGGAAUUGAGGACCUGUACGUGUUCAAAGAGGGUCACGUCUCCAUAGACACCAAUGGUAGCCUAGCAACCAGCCACAAGCCUGCUACUGUCUCCCUGAAAUCCCUACAUGUACAGGAGGGUGGCACAUUCCAGAUGUUCUCUGAUAGUCCAAAGAAAACAUUCUUUAUUGAAGCCACCAACAUAUCUGUGUAUGGUGGAGGCCACUUCCUGAUCAACACUGGACUCAACAUGACAGUGCAUCAUCUGCUGGCAGUGUACUCGGGUGGCAAGAUUGACCUCAGUGGAUCAGGAUAUAAGCCCAACUCUGGACUAGAGGGACCAGGGGCUGGCAUAGGGUCAGUCUCAGGUGGUAGCGGUGCUGGCCAUGGUGGUAGCGGUGGUCGUGGUUCAAGCCUGGGCAAGGUGGGAACUGGGUACGACUCCCUUUAUAACCCUGCGGAUCAUGGCUCUGCUGGAGGCUAUGGACAUUACUAUGGUGAACUAUAUCUGGGUGACAAGGAGCAUGGUAACCAAAUGAUCUACAAGACUCUAGGUGGCGCUGGCGGUGGCUACCUGAUUGUGAAUAGUCGUCACGUGGAUAUUGACGGUCUCAUAGCAGCCAAUGGAAUGCCUCCUGAUGAGAGAUUUGAUCGGGGCUCAGGUGGUGGUGCCGGUGGCUCUAUCUGGAUAACUUGCGAGGAUAUUGUUGGUCGCGGCACCAUCGAGGCCAAUGGUGGCAAUGGUGGAGGGCCUGCAGGGGCUGCCGGUGGUGGUGGAGCGGGUGGGAGAAUCUCCGUCCAGUGCACCAAUAUCGCCAAAUUCAACAUCACUAUGCAUGCAUAUGGUGGUGUUAGCAACAGUGAAACUGGAGGGGCUGGAACAGCUUAUCUGGACUCAAAGUUCAAUAAUGGAACACUUGCUUAUCAGAAGAUGACAAUCGACAACAAUGGUCACGCAUACCCACGCUCCUCUAACUACGCUGAGGGUAAUUUACGUAGCUUACUCAACGGUGAAUAUGGGGACAUUUCCUAUGCGGGCGGUGUAACGUGGUUGUUCCACGAAGCUUUGCAGUACAGGUUUAAAGAGCUUGAUGUGAGGGGCAAUGCUCAUGUGGCCAUAUUGAGUGACACUGAUAAUGAAGUCAUUGAUGUCAGGGUGGAUUUCCUCUGGGGUGAUCGGAGUGGAGUGCUGCACGCUGGGAAGAACCAAACUUUUGGUCUCACUGAAGUUGACACCUACUUGCCAGUAAACCUUGCUUCUUACAGAAACAGCAGAAUUGAAGUCCCCAGGAAGGUCAUCAUCCGAGAAGUGUGGGCUGAAAUCAACGGCACAGUGGAAGGGAUGGAUGUCAUAACUGUCGAGAACAAGGGAGAACUCUACAUCUGGUCUCAUGCCAAUUCUGAUGGAUACAAAACUGGAGAAAUUAAGGCAACAAAUAUCUCUGUCCGUGCAGGAGGAAAGUUUGAGCCUCUAGCGGCCAAGCUUCAGAUGAAGCUGUACGUCACAAGACUGAUCAUCAAUGGAAAUGGUUAUGUGAGGUCCAACAACCUGCAGCUGAAUGCUACAAACGUCACUGUGGAUCUAUCAGGUGAAUUCCAUGCUGACUUCACUGGCUACCCUGGUGGUGAAGGGCCAGGGGCUGGUCGUAACAUUCACAUUAACGAGUCUGGAGGGUCAGGUGGAGGUCACGGGGGUCGCGGGGGUCGGGCAUUGUCUGGUUAUUACUCCUCACUGGCGUAUGACUCAAUCUACAAGCCCACUCAGAUAGGCAGCGGAGGUGGAAAUGCUCCCAAUGGUGGUGGUGGUAGAGGAGGAGGUAUCAUGUACCUGUAUAUCAAGGAUGAGUUGAGAGUAGAAGGUCGUCUCCAUAGUAACGGUGAAUCUGCUGGCAACAGUAAGGCAGGUGGUGGUGCUGGUGGUUCUCUGUAUUUAGAUGUCAAUCAUCUGGAUGGGACAGGCUCGAUUGAAGUCACUGGUGGAAAUGGUGGAACAUAUGGUGGAGGUGGUGGUGGAGGAAGAAUUGCCAUCUACCAUAAACUUCAAAACCAUUUCACUGGAGAAUACUUGGUGUUUGGUGGCAAGGGACCUUACCAGUAUGGAGGGUCUGGAACUGUCUACAUUGAGGACCACAGUGGCAAUGCCACAUUCAGACAUCUGAGAUUGGACAAUUCAGGAAACACUGCAAGCAACCGCAUAUCGGAAGUGGAGAGGCUCAACUUGACUGGAAAUUACUUCAAAACUAGCAAAUUCCCUGACAAGUAUUUCCAAACAUACAGUGGAAUCAAUAUUUCUUCAGAUGUCAACCCAGAGACCUAUAACGCGUAUUCUAGCUACUAUUGGUACUAUUUCAGAAACACCUGGCCACUGAGUCAUAUGUUCACUGAUAUCCAGGCGGAUACCAGCACAUGGUUCAUGGCACGUGCCAGUCAGGCCACCUUGACCUUUGACCUUCCAUUUAAGACUUAUGUGGAAUACAUCAAGAUAUAUCCAGUCUGCACUACGAAACUACACAUUGACCUCACCAAUAAUAUUGUUUUAAUUAUUUGCAGACAUGCAUACUUUAACUCACUGGUGACCUACUAUGCCGUGGACACCUCCUUGAAAGGUGCAGCUGCAGUGAACAGGACAGCUGGCUUUGAGUCCACAGACUACUGCCAGACACAGUUUGAGGCACAUCAGUAUGGACUCGUAGAGAUCAAAGACAAUGUCGACAAGAUCAUUGUUAAACUGAAAGCAACAGGAAGUCAUGUGGCCAUGAGUGAGAUCGAGAUAUUCGUGCGAGAGGACCCUACUGCUACCACACAGACACCGUACUGCAAUGAGAAAGGCACUGCAUACAUUCUGCCAGAGGGCACUACCAAGAAGUUUAUAUUUGACAAGCUGGACGUUUUGGGUGGAGCUUCACUCAAUAUGGAUGGCACAGACAUGAGCUUGACGGCCCAUGAAAUCAACGGCGAUGACCAAGGAAGGAUAAAUGUCCGCCAGACUCAGAAGUAUGAGAAUACCCAAAGCAGGGUUCUUCAGACAGUUGCCGUUUUGUCACAGAGAGAUUCUGAUGUCAAUCUGCCACCUGAGCUCGACUGCAGAGGCAUAGAUAUGUACAUUAAAGGACACUUCCGAAGCAUGGAGAACAUCACAGUGAACGCAAGGUGUAACCUGACCAUCGACCACCACACUCCGACCACCAACAAGAUCAACAACAUGGACAUUAAGACGUUCGGAGGGGUGAGGGUGUUCACGGAGGACGAGGCCCUCACCACACUCAAGGGGACCAGCCUCACCAUCAGAUCGGGAGCCAGGCUGAUGUCCAAUGACCUGAUGCUUGACUAUAUGAAUGUCACCAUAGAGCCGUAUGGGUUACUGUCCGUUACAGAGGGAUGUCCAUAUAAUCUUCAGCACGAAGGUGUCGGUGCGGGACGCGGCCACUCUGGGGGUAGUUCUGGCGGUGGUCAUGGUGGUAACGGUGGCAGAGGAGAGACAGAAGCCUACGCAGGCGGUGCUCAUGACAACUUCCUGUAUCCCACACAGUUUGGCAAAAAUGGUGGACACGCCAUAUUCCCACACCAGGGUGGUAUAGGCGGUGGAAGGUUGUACCUGAGGGUUCACCACACGCUGACUGUGGACGGUUUUCUGGUGGCACUUGGAGGAAAAUGGAGGUCCGUGGGUGCUGGUGGCGGCAGUGGUGGCGCCAUCCACAUUGAGACAUACACCAUUGACGGCAACGGUGAAAUAGACGCCUCUGGUGGCGCUGGGUAUGACGGCAGCCUGGCGUCACAAGGUGGUGGUGGGGGUGGAGGCCGUAUUGCUCUCUACUUUAUGUACAAUUUCUAUGUUGGUGACUUCAUCAAUCAUGGUGGAUCAGGUGGUAGUAAGUCUGAACCAGGCGGUCCAGGCACAGUGUACAUCCACAAGCUACCAGACUAUGUCAAUGGGGUAGCACCUGCUGGUUUCCAGGACAACCGCACCUUGUACCUCAACAACAAGGGUUAUGAGCCUAAGAAUCCUUAUAGAAACCUAACAGACACCUACCCUGACUACCCUAAGGCCAGCGGAGUUGCCUGGAUCUGGCCAGGAGCUUACCCUCCCCUUGUCAGCGUCUUCGACAAGACUGUGAACCCUGCCAGCCACGUCUAUGAGAAAGCCCAGGUUGCCAUGGUGAGACCCAAAUACACCGACCUUGUGGACUUGAAGGUUGGAUACACGGAGGGAGACCGUACAGGUCACUUACAUGUCGGCUACAACCAAAAACUGUUCAUUGGUACUGGUCAGUUACCACUGGACGUGUCCCUUUACCAUGGUAGCACCACCACUCUGCAGGGUGAACUCAGAGUAGCCGGAGUAACUGUUAUGAUUGAGGGCAUUGUUGCUGGUGUAGAGAACAUGACCAUUGUGGAUGGAGGAACCUUGAGGAUCAACUACAUGAUGGAUCUGAAUUUCCAGCGUAUUGAUGACAUCAAGUUCACUGCUUUCAGCAUACGAAACAGGGGCUCUAUGAUCAUGAACAAUGCAGAAUUUAAGCACAGAAUGUUUGGAACUAACAUGCAGGUGUUCCCUGGUGGCUCCUUUGCUGCCAAACAUCUGUAUGUGGAGGUGAAAAACCUGUAUGUGGAUGUGAUGGGCACAUUCAGAGCUGAUGGAACAGGCUUCUGUAACAUGGGUAACAUCACCUAUCUCAUAUUCCUUAAAAAGGUGACGCAACGUCCUAUGGGACAUGGGGCCAGUCAUGGUGGUGAGGCAGGGGCAGGGGACUCCUCUCGUGAUACGCCCAGCGCCUAUGGCAACUUCAUUGCACCUGACCAGUUUGGUAGCGCCGGAGGAGAUGGCACUUCAGGAAAAGGUGGAUGCGGAGGGGGUAUCCUGAUUCUGAAUGCAAGCUCCAUAGUGAAAGUAGACGGUACUCUGUCAGCCAAUGGUCAGAAUGGUGGCGCUAAUUCUGGUGGUGGUGCUGGAGGCAGUAUUUACAUCGUGUCUGACGAACUUGACGGCUCUGGAACAAUUGAGGUUAAAGGUGGAAGCGGCUUCAAUGGAGGUGCUGGAGGCAGACUGAGCACAGUGUAUGACUACUCAAAUUUCAUUGGUUCAUUCCACUCAAGCGGUGGAGUGGCAUCAGGUGGAGAGAACGGAGCAGCCGGAACUGUGUUCACAAAAGAUAAUGCUGUUGAUGGGAAGAAGAUACUAAGGAUUUACAACAGGAAGGGAGAAGGGAACCGUCGUACUCGUAUAUCCAUCCCUGAGUCAAAGACGGAAGACCACGAUAUUGACACACUUGACCUUGGUGACUAUGCACAAGUUGGUCUCCUAGCUACAGAUGACAAAGGCAUGCCAAAGACUGGGAACCGGAACCUGUACCUUCAGCUUGUGGAAGGAGACUACACUGCUACUGUGCAUGUGGAGGGAGGAAUGUGGCUCAACAUUGACUUCAAGGACUCAGCCACGCUAUCAUUCAGUGUAUCUGUAUAUCCGAAUGGCCAGGUAAAUCUUCCAUUUGACACGUACCUGAAGGACGUCACUGUGGCUGACUAUGGUGGCACUAUCCUAGGUCUGGAGACCUUCAAUAUAUCCCGUGGGGGGUCAGUCGAGAUCUACCCGGCUCUGAAGUCUAAUCCCUAUUACAAGCCAAUCAAGUAUGAUUUGAACACCAUCAGCAUCCUGGAUGGUGGCUCCUUUGUCUUCAAUGGAAAGGCAGAAAAUGAUGACUUCCUUACUGUCAAUCUCACUGGAGAUUUGAUGAUCAGAGGUGGAGGAGAAAUGAAAGUCAACAAGAUGAAAAUGACAGCUAUCAACAUCACAGUGGAAUCCGAGGGCAUCUUAAGUGCCUCAAAUGGUGGAUUCCUGCCUGGUGGUGGCGUUGGUGCUGGUAUAGGCAAUGUCAAGGGCAGCUCAGGAGGCUCCCACGGUGGAAUGGGGGGUCACGGCACAGGAACCAAUAGCUCAGGAUGGGCGCACGAUAGCACACUGAAACCUACAGCUUAUGGCAGCGGAGGUGGUUCGGACGGUACCGGGACCGUGGGUCGUGGUGGUGGUGUGCUGGAAUUGAAAGCCUCGGGCUUUGUGGAGGUCGAUGGAACCAUUAGCGCUGAUGGAGAGGCUGCCACAGAGAAAGGCAUUGGUGGUGGUGCUGGUGGCUCUAUUUAUGUGGAGGCUGGACAUUUUGCAGGCACUGGACUGAUUUCUGCCAAUGGUGGGGGUGGUGCAUGUGUUACGGGCUGCCUGAAGUGUGACUCCUACAGGCGGUGUCUGCAGUGCCACGCUGGCUACACUUGGCUCAACUAUGUUUGCCAGAAUAACUACAUCAGCGAAGAGCUAGCAGGAGGUGGUGGUGGAGGCGGCCGUAUCGCCAUCUGGAUCAGCAACUCCACCAACGACUUCAGAGGAGCCUUCAACACCUACGGAGGAAAGGGUUUCUCAGAAAGUGGUGGCUCAGGAACAGUGUAUGUUAAAGCUCUCAACAGUACUGGCUCCAUGGAGUCCACCCUUAUUAUCGACAACGACAAUGCUGUACCAGACAAUAUCUAUAUUGCUGACAAACUCAAAGAUAGCUGUCGCACGUACAUUCUCACUGAGCAGGGCAACACUGCUAAAGACUUGACCUUUGACCAUGUAUAUAUCAAUGGUGAUGGUCAUCUAGCAUUCAGGAAGACAUCCUCAGCCAGUGUUGAUGUUACAAUCAAUAACCUGCAUGGUGACUUGUCAGGCAUGGUGCAUUCCUCUGUGGACCAGAAGGUACAGAUUGUCGACAGUGACAGUCCCAUACCGGCCUCGUUCAGAGUGUAUGAUAAGGCAACUGUUCAACUACCAGCAGAGCUGUAUUUCCAAGACCUCAAGUACACAGAUAUCUUCAUUGAUGGCCAGAUUGAUGGGGUCAAAAACCUGAGUCUUGGUCAAGGAGUCAACUUUGUCAUUGGAGAAAAUGGUUUCACAAGUGGCUACACCAAACUUACAUUUGCCUUUGACAAUGUGCAAGUGUAUGCUGACGGCAAAUUCUCUUCUGCCUAUGUGGACGAGUUCACACCAUCUCUCAUUCUCAAGAUCUCCAAUCUUAUCAGACUUCACGCUGGUGCUGUGAUUGAGGCACCUUGGGUGAAGAUCAAUGCUACAGGGGCUGCCAUCCAGAUAGACGCAGCCAGUAUGAUCAACGCUAGUUCCGCUGCCCCAGCAACCUUGCCCCAGAAUGGUGUCCUCACUGAGGCAGGAGGGGGCUCGGGCGGUGGCAAUGGGGCGGCUGGAGGUCAGGGCUCAUUCCAGUUUAUCGUGGGCCCACCCCCUGACUAUGGGUCUCUCUAUGAGCCCAAUGAGUAUGGAGGCAAUGGUGGUUCUGGCGGGGGCUCCACAUCGGAUCAGAGAUGUACAUUUACGCCUAAGCAGCUUGGUGGAAAAGGAGGUGGUGUGAUUGAGCUGACUGCAGACAGUCUCCUGUUUGAUGGAGAGCUCCGUGUCAGUGGAGGGAAUGCUCAGGGACCCAGAGGUGGUGGCGGGGCAGGAGGCAGUGUCUAUGUCAAGGUGGACACCCUCUCUGGUGACGGCACAAUCUAUGCUCAAGGAGGUUCAGCACCAACAACUGGGGCUACUGGCACUGCCGGUUGCCAGGGUGGAGGUGGUGCAGGGGGUCGUGUUGCGCUGCAUUUCAACGACGACUCGGCCUUUGCCGGCAAGGUCAAGAACUCUGGCGGUUCAGGCUACGAGUGUGGUGGAGCAGGCACGUACCUCAGGCAGGAUACUGACAACAAUGUGAAGAAGUUGUUUGUGGACAAUGAGAAUGUUUGUACGCCCCUGCAGUCCAGGGUGGACUGGGCCAACCUGACGGCCACUCACAAGGGGCAGCUGAGCUUCCACACAUGGCUGUUUGAUGAGAAGUCAAACUAUAAUCAUGUGUUUGAUGAGGUGACAUUGAGUGGCCAGGCUCAGCUUGCCCUAUAUCGCGUAACCAACCAGGCGUACACACAGACAGUCACAGUAAAGAAAUCCAUUGGAGACAAAUCAGGCGUCUGGCAUGUUGGUCCAUACCAAAAGAUCUCGACAAGCCUUCCCGCAGACAGCCCCGAAUUGCAGUUUGGAUUAUUUGUGUACGAACUGGGAACAAUGUUGGCUGAGAAGACGCUCACGGUUAAAGGGAUCACCAUAGAGAACGAGGGAAAACUGAGUGGCAUAGAGCACCUGGUGAUUGGGCCCAAGGGAGUCAUCAUUCUUAGUUUCGUGAGUGUGACAGUGAAAGGUGGGGGCACUCUGAAAAUCGAGACCAAGGGCAAAGGCAUGAAACUGGUCGGUACAGACUUCACUGUUGAGAGUGGAGGCACAGUGGAGGCAGACAAUCUCAUAGUGCAGGCUACCACUCUCACUGUAGAGGACUCUGCAUAUAUCAAGGCUGAUAAAAUGGGUGAGGCAGGUAGUGGAGCAGGUCAUGGAGGUCAAGGUGGAAAGGCCACCAUCUUUGCAGCAACAGGAAACAGCACCGUCAAGUUUGGUGGAGGACUCUACUAUGGCAGCGUGGCCAGUCCAAAUUCUGCAGGCAGUAAUGGUGUUUGGACAGACCUCAUUUCAAAGAAGGAGACUUUGGGUGGUGGAAUUCUAGAGUUCAAUAUUUCUGACACAGCCAAUAUUGAUGGUGUGAUCAGCUGUAAUGGUGAGGCAGGUACCAGCCAGGUUGGGGGUGCCAGUGGUGGAAGUGUCAUCCUGAAAACUGCUAAGUUCAAUGGAAAAGGAAAAAUCACAGCCAAUGGUGGAGCAGGCAGUGCCACCACAGGCGGUGGAGCUGGUGGUCGCAUUUCAGUAACCUAUACGACAUCCUCAGAGUUCACAGGGUCAUGGACCACUUAUGGUGGAAAAUCCACGCACUCUUACGGAGGCGCGGGUACGGUAUAUGUUGUCGCGGUAACCAAGAAGUUCCUCUACGUUGACAACAAGGAGCCUUACCCUGUCCCGAAAUCUAUUGAGAAGUUUGACGCCUCUGGAAUUGCUGAUAAGGACUAUGGGCGCACAUGGCUUGUCUUUCCUACUUCUGGUUCCCUGGAAGUAGACAAGCUGUACCUCUACAACGGGGCCCAUCUGGCGAUGCACCCGGCUGCCAGCCCACAGGCUACAAAGCACUCUUUCACCACUGAAGGAUUCUAUGGGAUGGACUUUGGAAUUGAGGCUGGCAACCUAGGUGCAGUGCAUGUUGGGCCUUACCAGACAUUUACUGUCAGAGCCAUAGACAUGUACUUCCCAGCCCAUGUGGAGGUGUAUGCAGAUGGCCUACUGUCUAUGCCCUCUAAGGUGAAGUGGUUCAAUGCUGUGAGCACCAUUCACGGAACUCUCAGUGGUCUCACUGAGCUCACUCUCGUGAGAUCCACACUCAACUUGAUGGCAACCAGUAAGACUCAGGGCAGCUCUGUUGGUGCUAAAUUCACCAUCAGCAAACUGAACAUUCUGGCUGAUGGCAUUCUGAAGAUGACAGAGAAGAUCAAGUACCAGUUGAUUCUGUCAAGCCUUCAUGUGGCACCUUCUGGACUGGUAGAGGCCGGGGAACUUCAUAUUGAGACAGACGAGGCCCUCGUAGAGGAAGGUGGUGUGAUCAACCUCAGCGAACGGGCAGAGAUGAAAAUUGGCGACGGUUACCUAGCCAGCUAUGGUGCCGGCCACAGUGGUCAGGGUGGAGGCCAUUAUGACUCGUCCACCUUACUAUGGGUGCGCGGUGCUGCGUAUGAUAACUUCCGUCAGCCGACCUUGAAGGGUUCUGGAGGUGAUACCACCUAUGGUGGUGGAGUGUUAAGAUUGGUCGCAACUGGCACUGUGGAGAUUGAUGGUGAAAUAAAGGCUGAUGGAGGCAGUGCUAAUGGUACAGACUCGAAGGGAGUGUCUGGAAAGUAUGGUGGAGCUGCGGGUGGCAGCAUCUGGAUCUCCUGUACCACUGCUAAAAUUAGUGGCAUCAUUCACACUAAUGGUGGCUCAGCAACAAGCUCUGGUGGUGGUGGUGGUGGCUACAUAGCUCUCUAUUACACUAGCGGCUAUGUGGAUGAAAGGGACAUCACCUCGUAUGGAGGGGCCUCUUCUAAUGGUGAAAACGGUGCUGCUGGAGUGAUCUACCUUGAACAGGGCAGUAACAAGAAGGCAUUGGUGAAGUCAGACAAGGCAUCUAACUGUCUCUCCACACUUGGUGUACCAGCCAGUGUCCUAAGUGUGAACCUUGACACGCUUGAGAUGUAUGGCCGUGGUCAUACCGGCUUCCAGGGCAGAAACACGCUCCCAGCACUCAGUGCAAAUGUGGGCAAAAUCAAGGGAAACAAUAACUCAGUGGUCAAAGUUGAGAAAAAUGUUGACUUGUAUUGGGGUACACGUGUUGGCAUCGUUAACACACUGAGCAUUGGCACCAACGUCCAUGUGGCACAUGGUGGCAAGAUUGACCUGCCAAAAACUGUGAUCAUUGACAAGGGAUGGUGGCUGGAUAUUUGCGGCACAAUAUCCACCAGUACAGACCUGUUGACUGUGCGAGAAAAGGGAGAACUGCGUAUGUCCUAUCCAGCCUCUGACUUAAAUGUUCACACGGUUGUUGUGGAUUAUGAAGGGAAAAUGGCGGCUUCAACCUAUUGUCCAUCUACUCAAAAAGUUUACAUGAGUGUUACAUACUUUAACACAACAGCAGACUUUACACUGGAUACAAAUCUCUUCAGCUUGAGCUCUGGUCAGAAAGGGACCGUUUCAAAAGUAGAAACCGCUCUGAAUUACACAGCAUGUCCGCUGAACGGCACAUUGGACCUGAAGAGAGGACAAUUCUGUGAGGUGAUAACUGGAGCAUCGUACAGCUUUACUACACUGACCAUUGAGCCUGGAGCUGAAAUCAGAGUGAAAGGAUCAGCCACUGGUGUAAACCUCACUACGAUUACCGCUGCCAAUGUGGAUAUCAAGUUUGGAGGCUUGAUAACUGGUGUUGGGAAAGGGUUCAUGUCUAAUGGCCCUGGGGCCCCAACUGCAACAGGAAAAGGGGCUACUCAUGCUGGUUCUGGUAUUGGAAAUACCAAAUCUCCCUAUGGCAGUAUCACCACCCCAAACACAUACGGCAGCAAUGGCUUUGGCGCCACGGCAACAAGCGGCUGUGGUGGUGCUCAAAUUAAAAUGACCGUUACCAACACCCUAAAUAUUGACGGUACUAUCGACAUGAGCGCCCAUUCAGCAGGGGGUGGAAGUGGGGGCUCCAUCUGGCUGGAAGCUAAGACCAUUACUGGCAAUGGCUACUUAAAGGUUGAAGGAGGCCCUGGUGGUGGUGGCGGUGGACGUAUAGCUGCCAUUGCUUCUACCAGCUACAGCUUUACUGGACAGGCUUCAGCCAAGGGUGGUGCGGAUGCAAGUAAAAACACUGGAAGUUCUGGAACUGUUUAUAUUCAGCAACCAGGGUCUACUAAUGUCAUAAUUGAUGGUAAAGCCACUGAGAGCACAAUUAUAGACACCAGCAUUACUAAACUGACAAUUGCCAACGCUGCCUCCAUUUCCGUGUCUGCCAGUGUGACUAUUCAGGAAAUUGCUGUUCAAGAGGAUAAGGAAUCAACCAACAUUUGCAGUUUAGCUAUACCAGCUUCGAUUACCCUGACGACUAACACUAUGGGUGAUACCAACAGUGGAUUUGCAUGCAAUAUAAGCAUAGCUGCAACAGGUGCUCUUGUUGUGAACGGUAACCUGAUUGUAACAGGAAGCAAGCCAUCUUUGAAGCUGGACGGAUCUGUCACAGCAACAUCUCUCACCAUAGACAACCAUGGUGUUUUCACCGUAGCAUCCACUGCUAAGGUCUCUGUCACCACCAUGAAACUGUCGGCCUGGUCUAACACAACUGUUGCUGAGACUGCUUUGUUUGGACUAACGAAAUUCAAGAUGGACUCAUUGUCAAAGCUAAUCCUGCAAGGGACAAAGAAGAAAUUGAGCAUCACAACUACGGAACUGACAAUCGAAGAUGGUGCUGUAAUCAAUCUGAAUGGUGGUGGUUUCCUUGCUGAUGGCACCGGUUCCUCCACUACUAAAGUGGGUGCUAGCUAUGGUGGUGUAGGUGGAUCAAACAGCACAUCCGCUUCCUAUGGCUCAACAAACAGUCCUGCAGAUUAUGGCAGUGGCACCAGUAGUGCACGUGGAGGAGGUAUAAUUGACCUGUCCAUCACUGGAACAGCAGAAAUAGACGGGUCUCUAAGCGUAGAGGGUUUGAACGGCACAACAUCAGGUGGGGCCAGUGGUGGUUCUAUCAAGAUUAAAGCUGCCACACUGCAGGGACAUGGCAAACUGUCAGCCAUUGGUGGUAGCACUGCUGCUGCUUCUGGCGGUGGUGGUGGUGGUGGAAGGAUCGCAAUUGAUGCAACAACAAUGACAAGUUUCCUAGGUGAUGUAAGUGUCUGUGGUGGUGCUGGGGCCAGUGGGGGAUCUCCUGGUGCUGCUGGUACCAUCUACAAGAAAUACCAGCAAUCUGGUGGUGCCCAGUUUGAGACUGUUACUGUUGAUAACUGUGCACAGGUCUCUGAGAGUUUCACACAUGUCUCAGGGGUACAGUCAAUGACUGACCUUGUAAUUAAUGGCCACGGACAGGUUAAAUUUGACGGAACUUUGCCAGUAACUAUAAACAAGAUCCUUGGAGACUAUUCUGGUACUCUUACUAUUUCCAGUGGACAGACAUUCAGUAUUGCUACCAGUUACGGUACUUUGUCGCCUUACGCUCUAAUGUGUAAGAUUGUAAUCAAAGAAGGUGGCUUGGCAACUAUUCCAUCCAAAAUUCUGCUGAAAGAUGAUGAUGCCACUGGAAAGGAUUGGUACAAUUUGGAGAUCUAUGGCACAGUGAUAGGGGUCCGUGAAAUGACUGUAUCUUCAGGUGGCCGUGUUGUCAUACAUUCAAAGAGUCGUUCGGGUCUCGAUACUUCCAACCUGAAACCAAUCGGUACUUUAGGCUUCAACAAUAUCGAUGUCACCAUGGAUGGAAUCCUGGAGCUGAGUUUGGACAGCAUGGAUAGAUACACACUUUCCAUGGUGAAGCAAUUCAAUGUUAAGUAUGGUGGCAAGGUGGAGGCAAGAAAUCUGUUCAUCAGUUCUCCAGUCAUGGAGGUCGCCUAUGGAGGUCUGUUGAGUGUUGAUAGAGGGAACAUGAAUGAUGGCAAGUCCCCAGGUGGAAAUGGAAAUUCAGGUGCAGGUGGAACACAUGGCGGCAAAGGUGGUGAUUCCACCAAUGGCAUGAAACCCCUUUCCAACUUUGAGGGCCUCUUUAACCAGGCCACAGAGUUCGGCUCUGCUGGUGGCAACGGAACUUCUGAAACAGGCGCCAAAGGAGGUGGCUACAUUAUCUUGGAGAUCAAUACCCUACUGACCGUUGAGGGAACAAUCAGUGCCAAUGGAGGCUCUGCUAACAGCACAAGUGGCGGUGGCAGUGGUGGCGCUAUUCACGUUCAAGUGAUCAAGGACAUGAAGGGGUCAGGAAUGCUGUCAGUAACAGGUGGAAGCUCCGUAUCUGGUGGUGGUGGUGGUGGUGGAAGAAUCUUCAUUGAUGUGGAUGGUGACUUCCAUUUCCAAGGAAACUACAAGCUCCAUGGAGGGUCCUCUACUUCUGGUCAGGCUGGCGGGUCUGGCACUACGUACGCUAUUGUCCAAGAAGCAGGCUCCCCGGGCUAUGUGGAGAAUUUCUUCUUUGACAACAGUGGUGCCAAAGGUGCGGUUGAUGGUGUAUCAUAUAUCGAUGUGAAGUCUGCAAACCUUUACACAGUCAACAAUUUGAAUCUUGGGGGCUCAACCAGAGUUUGGCUGUUCACUCCAAAUCUUCACUUUAAGGCUAAGACUCUCACAUGCGGAUCACGAAGCACUAUCGUUGUCGGUGACAACACUGUCUUCAGUCCAGAUUAUGAACUGACCUAUAGUGCCAUUAUGUGUAGCUUUGACCUGAAACAAGAUGGAGAACUUAGACUACCAAAGUCUGUGGAACUCAAAGGAGAAGCCAGUUCUUUGGAAGGUAUCCUAUCCAACAUACAGAACCUGAUAAUUUCCUCAUACCAGAAACUCAAACUAUCAGCCAAUGUAAGGACAGGAACCUGCUGUAACUCCGACGGUCAGCACAUCAUCCUGACAGAGAAGGGCAAAUACAGCUUUUCCAAAUUCACCUUGGAGAGUUUUGCAGAGGUUGUUUUUGAGAAGGAUCCAUUAACGCUGAAAGGAAUUCAGUUCAUUGAACUGGAGUUGCAUUAUGGGUCCGUGCUGCAAGGACAGAGUCUUGAUAUCACGGCCACAAACUUGGUGUUACAUCCUGGAUCUGUGUUGACACUCACAGGUGGAGGCUUCACUGCCCAAACAGGACCUGGAGCUGGUUCCAUGAAAAACCAGAUUGGUACUGGUGCGGGUCACGGUGCCACAGGUGGCUCCCCCAGCUCUACAGUUGCCGGAGGUGUGGUGUAUGACAACACACGAUUCCCAACGGAGGCAGGAAGUGGCGGUGGAAACUCUGCCAGUGGCACUGGUGGCUCCGGUGGUGGAUACCUGAAACUCUUCCUAUACAGCUCACUGACCAUUGAUGGUAUGUUACUAUUGAAUGGUGCUGAUGGCAAUGGAACUAACGCCGGUGGUGGAAGUGGAGGCACCAUGGCUAUAACCACACCAGAGCUCCUUGGUAGCGGGAAAAUAGAAGCCAAUGGUGGUCAGGGCAAAGGUGAUGGAGGUGGUGGUGCUGGAGGAAGAAUAGCCAUCUCCAUAACAACCAACGAUGAAUUCAUUGGCAAAAUGUCAGCGUAUGGUGGCGGCAAUGGCAAUAACCUGCAAACAGUGAAGGCUGGACCCGGUACAAUCUACAUCAAGUCUGGGAAGUCUCCCAAACUGGUGCACAAACUGUCCAUUGUGGGUGAUGUGGAUAGCUCUGUACAGCAGCAGACUAAGGCCUACAUCAGUGGCGAUGCCUCCAAGUCCGAGUUCACUUAUAAUAUUCUGACUCUUGCUGGAUAUGCAAAUGCAAUAUAUGGAGAAGCGAGCACGGAAUUCCGCCUGGCAGAUAUUGCCGGUGACACGACAGGUACAUUGCAUGUGACAGACCAGCAAAAAGUGAGAGCAGCAGUGGUGGAAGGUUUGAUUGGGAAGUUUAUCACUACAAUCAACUUUGAGAUCGGAGAAAACGCCACUCUGCAUGUUCCAGAUACAUUGACUGUUGCUGGGGUGCUUCUUAACAUUAAGGGUACAUGUACAUUCAGUAACCUUGUUGUGGAAAAUGGUGGGACAAUUCAAGGUCACAAAACAACCUUCACCUCCUCCUAUGGCAACGGGGCCUACAAAGCCACUAGCGCUCAAGGCAGCUACUCUUUGGUAUCAAUCAAGUUGAAAGCUGGCUCCAACUUCAUAAUUCCUUCUGGAGGUCUGAUUUUGACCAUCGGGACACUGGAACUGAAGCGAUUUGUUGUCCUAGAAGCAGAGUUUGUCCAAUUGACAGCAGUCAAUCUCAUUCUUGAGCGUGAAGCUGCUUUGAGCACAAAUGGCAAGGCCAAGGUUGAUGAUCCUCUGGUUCCUGCAGCUGCUCAUGGAAAGAACAAAAAUGGUGGUGCCCAUACUGCUGCCGGUGGGGUUGGUACUAACCAAACUGUGGAUGACGCAUCUCAGCCAUAUGGAACCAUCUUCAUGCCUUUAACUCCUGGAGCAUCAGGUGGCAGCGGUGGAAAGGGUGGUGGCUUUAUUAAGAUCGCCACCAAGGAGCUGGUCUUGGAUGGUAUCCUGCGAUCCUCUGGUGCCGAUUCCACAAUAGGCGGUGGUGGUGCUGGUGGUAGUAUCUAUGUGGUCUGUAGCGUAGCACUGAAAGGCUUGGGAUCACUGGAAACUGUUGGCGGGUCAACCACUAAUCCAGACGCUGGUGCUGGCAGUGGUGGACAUAUUGCUGUCAAUAUGAAGAAUGAUCUAUUCCAAGGAACAUUCAGUGCAGGUGGUGGUACUUCUAAAGCCCCACACGGCAAUGGUGGUCCUGGAUCAGUAUACACGUUUUCACAAACAUACGGAGAGAAGCUUGUUUGUGACAAUCCCAAUGGACAAAAAGACUAUUACACUACGCUCAAUGAAGCAAAUCUGGUUCUUAAUUUUGAUGAUGUUGAUAUUUACAACUACGCUAAACUUCAGGUAGUAAAGGAUGGAAAGAACAGAGAGUUGAAUAUUAUGAAAGUGAAUGGUGAUGGAACUGGGUUGGUUAGGAUACAGAAGAACCAGAAGGGCACCCUGGAACGGUCUAUAACUGACACGAAGGCCAACUCAAAACUUAAGGUCAAUAUUGAGCUUCAUGAUGGCGGAGAAUUCAUUCUGUCUGAGACUGUAACGAUCCUGGGUCUGGGUGAUAUUGCAUUUGACCUGGAUGGUGUUAUGAGAGGUGUGUCCAAUUUGUACUUGGGUCCAAACAGAAACAUGAGGAUGGGCUCUAAUGCUAAGAUUGUGUCUUUCUCAGAGACAAAUCUCGAUGCCAUCAAGUAUGUUACAUUUGGAACACUGCAGUUGGAACCUGGCAGUAAAAUCGAGUACGACUCCAACACUGGGGCACUCAUGCAGGCCGGCAACAUCAAUCUGAAAUUUGCUGCCAAGAUUUACUCUGAUUAUUUCAACGUGACGGCAUCCAACAUCGAUCUGGAGUUGGAAAGUUACCUGAGCUGCUCCAGUAAACAUCGCCCCGAUUCAGACAAAAUGGACAUCACAGAAGGCUCUGGGCUGCGAGGCAAUGGCUAUUCCGGAGGUGCAGCCCAUGGUGGUGUUGGUGGUGGGGGAAAGGACCUCAAUGGAACUGCGGUGACAAGGGCGUCUUACAAUUCCCUCUACUACCCUAAAAAGGCUGGCAGCAGAGGAACCUUUGAUGCCAGCACUGGAACUAAAUCUGGCGGCAGAGGUGGAGGCUGGAUCCACUUGCAGCUGGGUAACUUGUUGAUCAAUGAUGGUACGAUUGCAGCCAACGGUGAAGACUCUAACCCAAAUGGCUCUCCUGGAGGUGCUGGCAGUGGAGGCAGCAUUCUCAUUGAAGUCUACGACUUUGAAGGGUACGGUGUUAUCUCUUCCAUGGGUGGCACUGGUAGUCAUAACAAUGGUGGUGGUGCCGCUGGUCGAGUGGCUGUUCAUUGCCUUCAGCAGAUCGUGUAUGAGGGCAGCUACACAGUGUAUGGAGGCGGCGGUAAGGAUGAUACCCAGAGUGCGGGCGGUGGCACUGUGUACCUGAAGGAUAUCAGAGCCUCUAAGGAAUACAAGAGACUCCUGCUCAACAAUAAGAACAGACCACAUGACAAGUAUGCCACUAUCGAUGAGUCUUUCACUGAUCAUUACUUCGAUGAAGUGCAUUUACUGGAGCAGGCUUCACUACAUAUGGCAGAAGAUGGAAGGAGCACAAAACUUGACAUUUAUUCCACCAUUGGUGAUGGUACCGGUCUUAUCCAUCUACAUGCAAAACAGAAGCUUCUAGUUGAGUACCGACCAUCGGUGAGAAACGCGUUCAUUACUGGGAUUAACUUCAUAACGGAUAAAGAAUCUGAAAUUGUAUUCCCAUCCAUCACUUAUGUGUAUGGUACUGGUGUUUUCCUUGAAGGUCAGUCUGAGAAACGAUCUGUCUCUAUCAACAGCCGCCUGACGGGCAUUGCUGACUUGAUCCUUGGGUUUGAAACCCUGUUAUACCUCGGAGAAAAUGCACACACAGCUUCCAUUGACCCGUCAAAAGGAGGUUACAGUUCUACUGACCCAGCUGGCACUGUCACGUUUGGAACAUUGGACCUGAGAAGUUUCUCAGAGAUCAAAUAUGCGCCUGACCAAACUGUAAAGCAGCUCAUUGCAAGAAUCGAUGCACGAUUCCAGUCCGUCAUUUCGGCUGAGAGCAUCACAAUCAUAACUGGUGUGUUCCAACUGGAGGCAGGCGCUACCCUGACUGCCUCUGCCGUAUAUAGACCAGAAGACAAGAAAGAUGAAUCCCUUGGCAGAGGCAUUGACGCUGGUGUUACUGGCACCAUAGCAGGCACAGAGGCUGCUACAACGUCUACUACUUCCACUCCAGCUCCAGUAAUGAAAUGUGUGAGAGUAGACUCUACAGGGAAAGUUCUUGGUGAGGUCACCACUACCACCAGUGCCCCUAAAACCACACUUCCAUUUGAUAUGACAACUCCAUCAGCCGAUGCUAUAAAUGUUGAUCAGAGUGAAGAAACUGAUGCUCCUCCUGUUUACACCGACGCGCCAGUAAUUAAUCUAGUUAAUGGGACAAAUUCCACUGCUGUGAAUACCACCAAUGCUAACAAUACCAGCCUGAAUGUGACGAUUGUCUGCACUCCUGUCACUGCAUCUCCUGCUGACUUGGUACCCACAGAAGCCCCAUCAACUCAGCCUGUCAUACAAAGCAAGUACUUUGGUACAGGAGGUGGAUAUGCAACAAAUGGUGGAGGUGAUUACGACUCGAGUAACAGUGAGCGAGUAAAAGGCGGCAAAUACUAUGGCAGCCUGUACCUCCCUACCCACCGCGGUAGCAGGGGAGGUAACGGCCAGUACGAAAAAGGCGGGAAUGGUGGCGGUUACAUCAGCCUUAUGGUUGCAACUGACCUGUUGAUAGAUGGUACAAUAUCUGUGGAUGGUGCGCCAGGAGGGAGUGACUCGGGUGGAGGCAGUGGUGGAGCAGUGUACAUACAGUCCCAGAACCUUGAAGGACACGGUAAGCUUCAGUCUCAUGGAGGCAAUGGUUACCACGGUGGAUCAGGUGGAAGGAUUGCGGUUUACCUUAAAGAAAAGAUAUACUUCUUUGGCUCAUAUGAGUCCCUGGGAGGCAGCGGCAAGGGCUACUACCUGACUGCUGGAGGUCCAGGCUCCGUGUACAUCUUUGACUACAGGAACUCACGUCAGUAUGAGCAGCUGCACAUCAACAACAAGGCCCGGUCCUGGGAUCACCAGUACAUACUGGACGAGAAACUGGCUAGCGGUGCAGCCAAGGCCCAGUUCUACUUUGACGAGCUCUACCUCAUGAGAAACGCCUCCCUGCAACUGAAGACGGGAGACAGUGUUGUCCGUAGUCUGGAGUGUAACAAGGUCUUUGGUGACGCCUCUGGCAGAGUCUACCUUCAGGAGGGACAAACAGCCUACCUUGAGGAAUACCAGCCUCUCACAAAGCUGCCCAUCAACCUGUGGAUAGACAACGCCUCUCGGGCAUACCUCUCACCUCUCAUCUACAUCCUGGGGCAGGGAGAGAUAGCCCUCAAGUGGAAUGGGGAGAUGAUUGGUGUCAGACAUAUUAGGAUUGUGCCCGGUCGAGUGAUCAACAUCAAGAGUGAUGCUAUGACCAGUUUCGUGGAGGAUGGCAAGCUAGUCAUGGGGACGCCCGGCGCCUUCCAGUUUGCCACAAUGGAGCUGGGAGCCUGGGCUGUCAUGGAACUACCCCCUCCCAUGCCACUGAAACUGACUGUCGGCAUUCUGGAUAUCAAAUACAGCUCGACGUUCAGAGCAGAUGCCAUGGAUGUGUUGGCCACAGAUUUCUUCUUUGAGCCCCUUGCCAAGUUUGUGUGCGUUGGCACCAGUCGGGUGGCCCAGACAGGGGACUCGUCAACGCCAGGGGCUGGAGCUGGGCACGCCUCACAAGGAGGUGGAGCCAAUGGUGGUGCCAGUGGAGGUGGUAUUGCCUAUGGAUCAGUGUACAAGCCCAAGGCAUUUGGCAGUAAAGGUGGUGGUACACUAGGUGGCCUUGGAGGUGGCCAGCUCUACAUUAAGGUCCCGGCUGAGUUCCUUCUUGAUGGCAACAUUUUUGCGGACGGAGCUGCUGGUGGUAGCAAUGGCGGUGGUGGUAGCGGUGGCUCUGUGUGGAUUGAAUCAGGUCAAUUUUCUGGGCAUGGUAAAAUUUCCACGAUUGGAGGUAGAGGUAGCUCCAACAGCGGUGGUGGUGCCGGUGGUCGUAUUGGUAUACACACUUGGGACUACAACCUCUACAAGGGGGAGCUGCUUGCUUACGGAUCUGCUGGAACAAAUAAAGGAGAUUUGGCAGGCCCUGGGACUGUAUUUAUUGAGGAUAAGAUUGGAGAAUUCACAUACCAAAGCAGGCUCUAUAUUGAUGGUCGCAAUCUGAAGGUCCCCAAGCCUGUGGUGAUAAAUGAGAAAAACCCACGCCAUGUGAACGACUCCAAGCAAAACACACCAAACAAUGCUCACCUGCAUUUUGAACAUCUCAUGGUUAACAAACAGGCAAUGCUAGAAAUUGGUCCAGGUACAAAAAAGAUCACUUCCAUUAACUUUGACCUAGUGAUGGGUGACAAGACUGGGUACUUACAUUUGAAAGCUGGGCAGACAGCCUAUGUAGAGUAUUCCACGUACCAGACCCUGCGUUCUUCACCACCUAUUAACUUCCGAAUCGAUGUCAACUCUAACAUAUGGCUGUCCGCAGAUUUCAGGCUGAUUGGACAGCAGAUUCCUGCAAUGCAGCUGGAUGGUCACAUGAUCGGUGUGAUGAACCUCACCUUGGAGGAGGAUAUUGAGAUGUACAUCUCUGACACGGCCUCCAACAGCAAGAUUGUCAACGCUGAUCUCAGCACUUACCCCAACGGUACCAUCGGCAUAGGGCGCUUGUCCAUGCAAGCUGACGCAGUUAUCGACCACACAGACCACUUCAACUUGGAGUCCUCUGACAUCCACAUGAGAUUUGACUCCCUUAUCUCCGCCAACCGCAUAACAAUCUCAGUGGCAGAUCUACACAUGGAGGGGGAUGCAGCGCUUGACAGCACGGGUCGGGGUAACUACAUCAAGAGACCGGCCAAUGUCCAGGCAGGCAUAGGUGGAGGUCAUGGUGGAUAUGGAGGUGGUGCAGACCACGAUACCUACAACUCUGGUGCCCCCUAUGGCUCAUACAAGACCCCCCACCACACUGGCUGCAAGGGUGGCGGUGCCCAGCCUGGCUAUGGUGGAGGCCGCAUUGACGUCUCUAUCUCCCGCAGGCUACACCUCGAUGGCAACAUCUUCAGUGUUGGAGGCAAUGCCAUGGGAGCCAGUAGCGGUGGUGGUAGCGGUGGCAGUGUGUUGAUCAAUACCCAGAAUAUCUCUGGUCAUGGUUUGAUUGAUACCUCAGGUGGUGAUGGUAUCCAGUAUGGUUAUGGUGGAUCUGGUGGUAGGAUCGCUGUACAUGUCAAGUGGUUCAAAGAAUUCACAGGUGACAUGAUAGCCUAUGGAGGAUUUGCUGGGGUCAACACUCUGGCUGACGAUGAAACCAAGAACGGCGCAGGCGGUACGGUGUAUGGCACAGAUUCCAGUCUGAUCGGGCUGGACAAGAAGGAAACCAUAGAGAUUAACGGUACACUGGUGUACUUGGAUGGUUAUACAAAACUGACCAUUGAUAACGAUAAUCGGAAUAAGGUCCUUGGUACUAUGAUAAUGAGUGAUACAGAUGCCUCACCACAUGUGUUUGAAUUUGACGAGGUAGUUGCCAAUAACCAUGCGGUUCUCUGGAUUGAGGGAGACAAUUCUGAACUUAUUGUUCACAAGUUCAAUGGUGACAGGACUGGAAUGAUGCAUCUUCAAGCUCAGCAAAAGGUUUGGUCAGAGUAUGUAGAAUCCACCAGUGGUUACACUGUAGCACCUGUAAGUUACAAGAUUGACUAUGGCACGGAGAUCAUUCUUCCUUCCACCACCAUUCUGCUGGGAACAAGGAGCGAUAUGAGUGGCCUGAUGACUAUGGUACAAAAUUUGACUGUAGCCGAAGGUUCAAAUGUUGUCUUCUCAUCUACAGCUCAGACAGCCUUGAUUGAAGCUGGUAAAUAUGUGCAUAAAACUGCUCCAGGAAAUGUCAGUCUGAGUCAUCUGACCAUACAGAGGGGCUCUCAGGCCGAUUUUGUGGAGAAACCAGGAAGUGUGCUAGUUCUGGACUUGGUCAAACUGAGUGUGAAGUAUGAAGCUCUGAUGACAAUGAACAAGGGCACCAUCAACUCUGCCAAUGGUGUUGUGGAGAGCUUGGGAAUCUUGACUGUGGACUACAUGGGCCAUGCUGAAGGCUCAGGUCCAGGAAUGGGAGGAUCAAGUGGUAGCUACGGUUACGGUGCUGCUCACGGUGGUCAUGGUGGAGCCCCUAAACCAAAUGUUGGUGGAACACCCUACGACUCAGUGUACAUGGCAACACACCCAGGUAGUGGUGGAGGUAAUGGUGAUGGUCAGGGGGGUAGAGGUGGUGGUUACCUCCAUUGGAUUGUGGGUGAACUCUUGUGGGUUGAUGGUGAAAUCACCUUGGAAGGAGAGGAUGGUCAGAGUGGCAAUGGUGGAGGUGGCAGUGGCGGUGGUAUAUUCAUCGAGACCAUGAAUUUCACAGGCUUUGGUCACAUUGACUGCCAUGGUGGUGAUGGAAGGGGACAUGGUGGUGGUGGCUCUGGUGGUAGGAUCUCUGUUCAUGUUGGCUUCUCCAACAAAUACAUCGGACGCCUUAAUGUUGUUGGAGGCCUUGGUCGAGGCAAUCUGCCAUCUGGGGCAGCAGGCACUGUAUACAUCCAGGAAAAUGCAAGAGGCCCGCAAUAUGCUGAUAUAAAGUAUGAUGCGGCAACAAACACAACCACAGUCACUGCGGCACACAGGAGGCUUGAGAUAAACAAUGAAGACAUUGAUAUGCAUUUGUAUCAGGGACAUGCAGAGCCAUGGCUCUACACCAUGCUGGAUGAAGGUGCUCAGAAAGCAUACGAAUUUGAUGAGGCUAUGUUGGAAGGUCACUCUAAUCUUAUGGUUGAGUACCCAGAUGGGACUAAAGCUGGGGCAGGAUACUGGGCUGUUGAAGUGACCAUUCAUGUCUUCCACGGGGACAGAACUGGAGUGGUUCGCAUGCGACAAAGUCAAAGACUUUAUGUUGAAGUUGUGGAAUCAGUCUCCAAUGAAACCAUUGCUCCUUGCAGUUUUAGAAUAGAUGCUGGUGCUGAGGUGUUUUUCCCAACUGCAACCAACAUGAGAGGGGCAAGGACAGUUUUAGCAGGUCAGAUUACUGGUGUUGAAGAUAUGAUGAUUCGCCAAGGCUCCAUUUUGUUCUUGUCAACAGCAACUACAGCACUGAUGGAAAACAGAGAAUACACAAUGGUUACAUCCCCUGGCAACUUCACCUUUGCUAUUCUUAGAAUCAUGGCAGGUGCUCGGGCAGAAUUUAGAGAUGUAACGGGAUUGUGUGUCAUCACAGUGAACGAAUUCUACGUGAAGUAUCUAUCGCUCCUGCUGAUGAAUUUCGUCAGGGUUGAUUCUUCCUAUGGUCAUAUUGAAAGUCAAGGUGAACUGAACAUGGAUGGAAUGGGCUACGGCCCUGAGCAAGGACCAGGUGCAGGAUUCACUCUGAAGGAUGCUGGUUCCACUGGUGUGGGGGCCGGGCAUGGAGGCUAUGGUGGUGGACCGGGACCAAACUAUGGAGGUGUUCCAUACAACUCAAUUUAUAUCCCAACAAAGGCAGGAAGUGGUGGUGGCAACAGUACAGGCACUGGUGGAUCUGGAGGUGGGUAUCUGGAAUGGUACAACGGUGAUGUCAUUGAGAUGAACGGCUUACUGACAUUGAAGGGGACAAACGGUGUUGGAGGAAACGCUGGUGGUGGUAGUGGUGGCAGUGUGUACAUGCACUCAACCAAUAUUACUGGACAUGGUGUGAUGGCAGUGCCAGGAGGAAAUGGUACAGGAAAUGGUGGUGGUGGAUCUGGUGGUAGGAUUUCUAUCAACUGCCGCUUUAGGUAUACGUAUGGUGGAGAGUACCAUAACUAUGGUGGUGACGGCCACAGUACUAUUCAAAACUCUCACGCUGGCGCCUCGGGCACCACAUUCAAGGAGGAGAAUAAACGUGCGCUGGAGUACAGGGAAACAAAGUAUGAUCCUGUUCUGAAUGUAACUUUCUUGGAUGUGGAUCAUCACAUGAUUCACUCUGAUAAUAAGCUGAAGUAUAGUCCUGCUCCCACUGUCAUACAGGACCCACCAAGGGUGUUGUAUGAGUUUGAUGAGAUGGAGAUCACUGGAUCAACAUACACAUGGAUAUAUCACCCACCUGGAAUCAAGUUAGUGGAGCUUAUAGCCCACCUUUUCAUCGGUGACAAAACUGGUCAGUUACACAUCAGACCCAAGCAGAAAGUCUGGGUGGAAUAUGUUGAGUCUAUCAGUAACAUUACAGAGGCUCCAGUGAGUUAUAUCAUUGACGAUGGAGCUGAAGUUGUGUUCCCAGCUGAGGUCCACAUUCAUGGCACCAACAGCACCUUUGCUGGAUUGGUGACCGGUGUCCAUAAUCUCUAUAUUGAAGAUGGCAGUAUAGCCGAAUUUAAGAGCACUGGAAAAACUGCUUUGCUGGAAAAUGGUGAAUACUAUAGGGAAACUACUGCUGGACAUUUCAUCUGGAAUGAGCUUCACAUGAAGAGAGGUGGUACAGCAGGAUUUAUGGACAUUGCUAAUGAUCUGAAGAUUGAGACCAGCGAGAUAAAGGUGAAAUAUCAAGGUAACCUGUAUAUGAAUGAGGCCAUAAUCAACAGCACAUACUCUUGGAUUGAAAGUGAGGGAAUAUUCCACCUAAAUGGUCACGGCCACAAGGCAGAGAAAGGGCCUGGUGCUGGUUUCACUAACAACAGUGACGGUUGUGGUGCUGGUCAUGGUGGUUACGGUGGAUGUGCUGAUCCAACUAAGGCAGCAAUACCUUAUGGAAGUAUCUUCUCGCCCAAUGAGCUUGGUAGCGGUGGUGGUAACGGGGGAGGUGUUGGCGGUGCCGGUGGUGGCAAGCUUCAUUGGAUGACCAGUCACUACUUUGAGUUACAUGGCCUGCUUGCACUGCAAGGUGAUAACGGAGAAGGUGGCAAUGCUGGUGGUGGCAGCGGUGGAUCCGUUCUGAUUGAGUCAAUGAACUUCACUGGCCACGGUGUAAUUGACACAGCUGGUGGUAAUGCAACGGGUAAGGGUGGUGGAGGUGCUGGUGGCAGGGCUGCCAUACAUUGUGAAUGGCGGUACUACUUUGGUGGAACCUUCGUCAACCAGGGAGGAGACGGUGGAACUGUUGCAACUGCUGAAAAUCAUGCUGCUGCUGCAGGUACUACUUUUGUUAAAAACAACCAAAGGCCUUUGGAAUAUCGCAUCUUGAAGUAUAUGAAAGGCUCAAGUAUAAAAUAUUUUGAAGUCGAUCAUAGAUACAUACACAUGGACAAUCUGGGAGUGGCAUCACCAGUUGCAACAAUGAUCAUGGAGGACAACACGUUGCUGUAUGAAUUCAAUGAGACCCAUGUUGAUGGUAAGACCAGAGUUCUUUUCUACCAUCCUAAAGGAGCCUCUAAGGUUGAGGUUGUCAUUCACAGAUUCUUGGGAGAUCGGUCAGGGCAAGUGCAUGUCAGAGAGAACCAGUUGGUCUAUGUUGAAUACGUGGAAUCAGUAUCAAACAGAACAGAAGCUCCUGUGAGUUACAUCAUUGAUAAGGGCGCAGAGGUUGUUUUCCCAACUGAGGUUCACAUGCAGGGUAUCAACACAACACUUGGAGGAUUGAUGACAGGCGUUCAUCAUCUCUACAUUCAGGAUGGCUGCACACUUGUGGUUGAGAGCACUUCACAGACAGCUCAGAUUGAAAAUGAAGAGAAGAUUGAGGUGACCUCACCAGGUAAUUUCUCUGCUCCAACUAUAAACAUUAUGUUGGAUGGUAUCCUGCAGUUCAGGAAGAUUGAAAACGAUUUCACAAUUAGUGCUGCUUUCAUAGAAGUUAAAUAUGGAGGCACAAUUUACAUGAAUCAUGGAUUUGUGGAGGCAGGUCAUAUUGACAUUGAGUCUAAAGGUAUCUUCAGCCUCGAGGGACGUGGGAAACCAGCUAUGCAAGGCAAGGGAGCAGGAUCAGGUGCAAACGGUGGCAGUUAUGGUGGUGUUGGUGGUGGUGCAGCGGAUGCAAAUGCCUAUGGAUCAUUGUUCACUCCUUCUGAGCUUGGAAGUGGUGGCGGUGGAUCUACAGGUGGUGCUGGUGGUGGAUUUGUGAAGUUCAGCAUUGGUAAGCAGUUCCACAUUGAUGGCACCAUUGAUGCUUACGGAAUGGAUGCUACUGGAAAUGGUGGUGGUGGCAGUGGAGGCAGUAUCUUUAUCAAGGCAUACAACAUGUCUGGUAAUGGCAUCCUAGAUGCGUCUGGUGGAGAUGGUAGCGGCUCUGGAUUUGGAGGCAGUGGUGGCCGUAUUGCUGCCCACAUAGAGAGGAACAACUUGUUUGCUGGCCAGUAUCUCUGUCAAGGCGGAGUCAGUGGUAAUGGUGUGGCUGGCAGUGCAGGAGGCCCAGGGACGAUCUACAAGUACGAGUCUGCCAGAGGUCCCCAGUACAGGGAACUGAAGUAUGACCCCAGACUGAAACAAAAACUCAUCAUGCCGGAACACAGGAAACUGACAAUUGAAAACGGUAAGCUUCAAACGACCAAUCCUGCUGUGGUGAUGGAGGAGAACAGCAAAUACUAUGAGUUUGAGGAGAUCCAGGUGGAAGGCUACAGCUAUGUGCACUUUUACCAUCCAGCAUCUGCAGAUGUUGUUCAGGUGAUUGCUCAUGAGCUAACUGGAAACAGGAAGGGCAUGGUUAGAGUGCAGAGUAAUCAGCAGUUGAUGAUCCACUUUGUGGAGGCUACGCACACAUACCUAGACUCCCCUUGCGGUUUCCAUGUCGACCCUCAAGGAGAAUUGAUACUCCCAUCCACUUAUGUCAUGCUUACAGAAAAGACAGUCCUUGGCGGUUUGCUUAUAGGAGUGGAAGAACUCGUUGUAGAACGUAAUGCUGAAUUCGUUAUUGAAAAGAAUGCCAGCACUCUGUUGGUCACAGCUAUAAAAAUGGGUACCAUGCAGAAGUCUACCCCUGGAGUUUUCAAUGUUCCUACAAUCUCAUCAAAUAAUCUCGGAAAAUUCAAAAUCGACAUGAAUCCUCUUCAGCCGAUAAUAAAGGUGAACAACUUGAACAUUAGGAAUGGAGGCUCUUUAUUGUCAACCACCCAGAAAGUGACAUUUGAUAGCAGUUACCUGACAGUGGAGAGAGGAGGGCUCUUGGAUGGCUCGGGCGCUGGAUAUCUGGCCAAUAAGGGCCCUGGUGCCGGCUCAGCAAACAGCCUUGAUGGAAGUGGUGGAGGACUUUCAAGCAAAGGUGGUAACAGUUACCAUGGCAGUGCUGGAGGAGCCCAAUCUGGGACCACUGACUGCUCUGUGGAACUCUUUGGCAGUGGAGGUGGAGGAGAGAAUGGUGGGGCUGGCGGCAGCCUCAUGGUCCUCACUGUUGGGGCGCAACUGAAGAAUUAUGGCACAAUCUCCUCAAAUGGUGUCUCGGGAAAAACUGCCUACAAGAGUGGUGGUGGUAGUGGAGGAAUGUUGAAGAUCUUAGCUGCUUCACUUGUUGGUCGAGGGCAGAUAACCACUCUUGGUGGCAAUGCCUCUUACUACUCUGAUGGGAAUACAAUUGGAAAUGGAGGUGGAUCAGGUGGACGUAUCUGUGUCGACUUGCGGGAGCCACUACAUUUCCUUGGUAGCCUUAAUGCUCAAGGUGGGUCCUCCAGUGCCGGAUAUCACGGCUCACCUGGGACAGUGUGGGUUAACUCUACAGUUGGAGAUGAUGUCGUCACCCACCUAUGGGCAAACCAUGCCAACCGUGGAUGGGGCUGUGAGAAGCAUUCCAUCUAUGUGGAUGUCACCAGCAUUAAUCAUCUGCACCCAUUGAAUGAUGCAUGCAUUCGCCCAACUAAGGACUUGAUUGUGGAGUUUAUUGGAGGAGAUGGUCUGGGUACUCUGUAUAUUGACUCCGCAGUCACGCUGGACCUUGCACCAGAGUACACAAGAACAUAUGUCCAGUCUUCCCUCUACAUUGAUGGCGUUGUGAGCUUCCCACCCACCGUGAUUGCUGAGCAGACAAUCACCAGCGCUGGAAACAUUAUUGGUGUUGAACAUUGGUACAGCAGGGGCCACACCAAACUCAUCUCAUCUGGCCAGUCCAAGUGCAAUGCAGGAGUUGCCCAUGCUGGAAAAUACUACUUUUCUACAUUCACAGCACUGAGCGGUGGACAGUUUACAUUCACAGACUCAACCAAUUUCAAUGCAGAAGAAGGUCUGAAUAUUUUCGUGGACUUCCUUCACCUAGAAGGCACUGCCAUCGGCUACAUAAACAAAUCGUGCAACAUUGUGAGUCGUGCAAUCGACAUAGAAAAGCGAGCUAUCCUGGAUGGUAUCGGACGUGGGUAUUCUAAUAAUGCGGGCGGUGGAGCAGGCCUGACUAGCAGCUGUGGGUCAGGAGGAGGGCACGGUGGAUCGGGUGGCAGCUGUACUGGCUGUGGAUCUGUGGGCGGUGGUGGAACCUAUGACAGCAACAUCUUACCUGCGCUGGCAGGCAGUGGAGGUGGUUCAAGCUCCAAUGGUGCUGGUGGUUUUGGAGGCUCAGCUGUGCGCCUUGUGAGCGUGUUUACUGCUAUUGAUGGUCUCGUGACAAUGGAUGGUGGUAACUCCCUUAGUGGCGGUGGUGGUGGUUCAGGUGGCUCGGUCUGGAUUGACAGCCAGUACCUGGAAGGCUGGGGAAAACUCACUGCCAAUGGUGGCUCUGGGUCCACUGGUGGCUGCAGCUCUUACACAUCUCACCAGGGAGGCAAAGGUGGUGGUGGCAGGAUAAGAGCCUGGGGAAAAGAUUUCACAAGCAAAUUAAUCAACCAUCAGAGGUCUGUGGCAAUAGGAAGUGGCUAUGGUACGGCAUACGCCGGCAGUACAUAUGACUAUCAUGGUAAUGUGUGCAGUGGGCAUGGUACCUACAAUGCAAAUACCUUGCUGUGCACAUGUAAUGCAGGUUACUUAGGCUACGACUGUCAGUUCUACUGCGAUGACAAGAUCACCUGUGGAGGAAAUGGAGUGUGCAAUAAGGAGGGUCAGUGUGAAUGCAAGGCAGGCUUUGUUGGCACUCACUGCACUAGUCAGUGUCAUAGAGACACGGAUUGCAGCGGUCGCGGAGAGUGCUCUACCUGUGGUUUCUGCGUCUGCGACCCCUGCUUCUCUGGCCCAGACUGCUCUAUCGAAUGCAGUGGCUUCGGAGAAUGCGUAGCUGAUCAGUGUGUUUGCGAUAAUUGCCAUCUCGGAGUCCAGUGCGAGUCGACAUGCAACAACCAUGGCAAGUGUAAUGCUGGAACAGGCAACUGCACUUGUGACGCCAACUGGGGAGAUCUCAAGUGUACCAAGAAAGGCUGUCCGGGUGCCGACCUUAAUUGCAACGGACACGGUGACUGUAACUCUGGGACCAGCACAUGCUUCUGUGAAAUUGGAUGGGAUGGUGAUGAUUGUGGAACACCAGACUGUCCAGGGGAACCCAACUGCAACAGCCAAGGUGUGUGCAAUGUCAACUUCAGCCCGCCCAUAUGUACGGACUGUGCCAAGGGCUGGAUGGGUCCUGCCUGCAAUGAUGUGUGUCUCCAUGGAACCCCUUACGCUAAUGGAACGUUCUGUCAGUGCUCUUCCACCUGCUACCAUGGUCUUGGCUGUGACAUUCAGUGUUCAGGCAAUGGUGUGUGCAAUAAAGACGGGUCAGGAAAGUGCUACUGUGACCCUCUUGUUGGAUGGGACGGCACUUACUGUGAAAUUCCAGGCUGCCCAAGAAAUCCAGUUACAAACAUUGAAUGUAGCAAGCGUGGUGACUGCGACUCUGAAACCAGAACCUGCGAUUGUGAUGCCGGGUGGAUGGGUGCUGCUUGCCAUAUCCCAGACUGCCCUGGUGAUCCUGAUUGUUUUGGCCGCGGCACUUGCGACCAGACCACAAGUCCCCCAUUGUGCAAGUCCUGCCAGGCUGGAUGGAUGGGACCCGCAUGUAAUGACCCUUGCAUCAAUGGAAAACAGACGCCAAUGGACAGUGGAGUAUGCCUUUGUGAGUCUGGCUGGGCCGGCGUUGGUUGCAAUUCGGAGUGUUCAGAACAUGGCAACAUCAGUACGAGCACUAAUAAGUGUGUUUGUACAUAUGAAUUGGGAUGGAAAGGACCUGUGUGUGAUAUUCCAGGCUGCCCUGGAAAAUAUAAUUUGGACUGCAGUGGCAGAGGUGGUUGUGACAGUACCUCAGCUACAUGCACAUGUGACGCUGGCUGGCAGAACAUCGGCUGUGAGGAUGCAGACUGUCCUGGAGAGCCCGACUGUAAUGGCAGGGGCCAGUGUAUUGACACUGUGGAUACACCUUACUGCCUAUGUCAGGCAGGCUGGUUUGGGGACGGCUGUCAGGAGCAGUGUGUUUACGGACUGGUCAGCCCAGUAGGCAGUGACAACUGCGUGUGCGAGCCUGGUUGGGCGGGCAUCAACUGCGACGCGGAGUGCUCCUACCAUGGCAAGAUCGUGGACAACAAGUGCACCUGUGAUGUUGGUUGGCGUGGGCCUGUCUGCGACAUCCCUGGUUGUCCUGGCAAAACUAAAGACUGUAGCGGCAAUGGUGACUGCAACACUGAGACUCAUGAGUGCACAUGCUUCAGUGGCUGGACUGGUGUAACAGAUAGCAAAGGUAAAGUGGACCCGUUACUGAACGGGUGCGAUCUGCCAGAUUGUCCUGGAAGUCCCGACUGUAACUCUCAGGGAACUUGCGACGCCAGCUUCACUACUCCAAGGUGUGUUAAUUGUAAACCAGGCUGGAUGGGACCGGGCUGUGAGAAUAUAUGUGAUGCAACCCACGGCACCCAGAGCCCAAUGAAUAGUGGCAACUGCCUGUGCGAUGGCUGCUACACUGGUAAAGGAUGCAAUAUUGAAUGCGAUGGUCAUGGCAAAUGCGUCAAUGGGGCAUGUCAGUGUAAAGUAGGAUGGCGAGGCAGUAAAUGUGAGGUGCCUGGUUGCCCUGGAAAUGAAACUGAUUGCACACAACAUGGUGUCUGUAAUACUGCUCUCCACGAGUGUGUAUGUACACCAGGCUGGACUGGUGAUGACUGUGCCACCCCUGACUGUGGAGAUGGUGCCUGCUAUGUUAAAGAGGGGCGUGGUUUGUGUGACGGAUCUGAGGGCAUCCCCAAGUGUGUCUGUAAUAUUGCUCAGGGCUGGUUUGGCCUGGAUUGUGACAAGAAGUGCGAGAAUGGCACUGUAGUGAUGAAUCACCUAGGUGGGGAGUGCGUCUGUGACCCAUGCUACAAUGGAGACCGUUGUCAUCUCGAGUGCUCCGAUAACGGUGUUUGUAACCAGAACAAGACCUGUGAAUGCUUCAGACAACCUGGCAAUGCUUGGGUGGGAAGCCUGUGUGAGACUGAGGGCUGCCCUGGUAUUGAUGGUCAGUGUAAUGGCAAUGGAGCCUGCAUCAACAUGGUCUGCAAUUGCUUCAACGGCUGGAAGUCGGACAACUGCAGCCUACCUGAGUGUCCUCGUGACUGCUACUCCAGGGGAGAAUGUGUUUAUAACGAGGAACUCGAAGCAGGAGUUUGCAUUUGUGAGGAACACUGGAUAGGCGCUGAUUGCAAUGUACCAUGUAUCAAUGGCACAAACAACGGAGAUGGAGUGUGUCAGUGCACUCGCACCUGCGAUACUGGCUUAUCCUGUGAUGGCACAUGCAGUGGCUAUGGGUCAUGUGACAACAAAGGUGGUUGCAUCUGCAAUUUCGACCAAGGCUUCAAGGGAGACCAGUGCACUGUCCCAGGAUGCCCAGGCUGGCCUGACAACUGCAUGAAUCACGGCACCUGUAACUCUGCCAGCGGGCAAUGCACGUGUGAACUGGGCUGGAAGGGAACUGCCUGUCAUAUCCCAGACUGCGACUGUAACGGAGUCAAUGCCACGUGUGAAAUGCGUGCAGGGGAUGACAAGCCUCGCUGCUAUGACUGUGAUCAUCCCUACAUUGGGGAUAAAUGCCAGUACAAAUGUGUACAUGGUGUAGAGGAUCCGGCCACUUUUGAGUGCAUCUGUGACGAAUGCUACAGCGGCGCCGAGUGUGACUCCCUCUGUAACAACCAAGGCUCAUGUGUCAAUGGAUCUUGUGACUGUGGCUUCAAUGGAUAUCGAGGCGAGUUCUGCCAGACAAGCGAGUGUCCUGGUUUUGAUGUCUCGUGCACAAACCACGGCCAGUGCAACCCAGGUACCGGUAGCUGCUCAUGUAACACCGGCUGGAUUGGCAUUGGUUGUCACGUGGUCAAGUGCAAGAACGACUGUAGCAACCAGGGAAUGUGUCUCGAACUCGAGCCCCCUGAGACCCCACGAUGCAACUGCACUGACAAGUAUUUUGGUGAUGACUGCAGCAAACGAUGUGAUCAUGGCAUCGUAAUCAAACCAAGCCUCAUUGACCUAUCCACCUGGUACUGCCAGUGUGACGGCUGCUUCACUGGAGCCCAGUGUGAUGUUGAGUGCUCAGGACGUGGAAGCUGCAACAACGGCACAUGCGACUGUGGUACUGCUGGAUGGAGGGGAGACAACUGUGAGAAAGCUGGAUGCCCGGGCCUAGAGGGAGCCGACUGCUCCGGACAUGGAAACUGUAUCACUGGAUCGGCUUCUACAAUUGGAACCUGCACCUGUGACACCUACUGGGUGGGAGACGGUUGCUGGACAGCAGAGUGUCUCAACAACUGCUCAGGGCGAGGCAUCUGCAAUGACACCGUGGAUGUACCGUUCUGUAGCCAGUGUGAACAGGGCUGGAUGGGACCUGACUGUAGCAAACCUUGCUAUGGCAUACAACAACCCAUGGACAGCGGAAUCUGCGUCUGCCAGAGUAACUGUUCAAGCCCUGCAGAUGCCUGUCAGACAGUCUGCAGCGGUCACGGCACGUGUGACAAGGCCACAGACUCCUGCGUAUGUCAUGACGGCUUGGGACUCAAUGUGAAAGGCCAGUGGGGAGCGUUGUGCGAGGAAUCAGACUGUCCCGGAGAGAAUGAGCCCUGCAGCGGUCACGGUCUCUGCAUACAGGGAUCCUGCACUUGCAACACUACUGUCCUGGAAACCCAGAUUGCUCUGGCCAGGGCGAGUGUGACACCAGCUGGGGACAUACCAGUCUGCUCCUGUUACCCUGGUUACAUGGGCAACGAGUGUGAGUACCGCUGCGUGAACGGGACAGCCACUAAGUCCCACGAGUGCGUCUGUGAUCCAUGCUUUACUGGAGGAGCUUGUGACGAGGUGUGCACUGGGCAGGGCUCCUGCGUCAACGAUACUUGUGUGUGCAGUCCUCGAUUCUGGGGAGAGUUCUGCGAUGAGCGUGGUUGCCCUGGUGUUGGACAGAGCUGCUCAGGUCAUGGUCUGUGUAACCAGGUAGACCAGGUGUGUCAGUGUAACUCAUUCUGGAAGGCUGAGGACUGCAACACCUGGGACUGCCCCGGCGACAAUGACUGCAGUAACCGAGGUACAUGUGAUGGUGCCAAUUACUGGCCACCAAAGUGCUUCAACUGCACACAAAGCAUGGGAGACUCGUGCCAGUAUGACUGUAUUCAUGGAAAAGAGUUCCCUCCCUUCUCCACCCAGUGUGUGUGUGACCCUUGCUACUCAGGCUUCUCAUGUAACGUUGAGUGCACCAACAAUGGGUUCUGCUCUGCUGAUGCCAAUGGAACAAAUGUAAGUGUGUGUCCUGCAACUGUUCAGAGGGUUACAAAGGUGCCCACUGUGAACUACUGGAUUGUCCAGGUGAGCCAGACUGCACGAAGUGACCUACAGGGAACCUGUGUGCGACAGAACGGUGCGUCUGUUUGUCUGUGCAAUGGAGGGUUUGAUGGAGCGGAUUGCUCUGUGUAUGUCUGCCCUGGAUCUGCUGAUGGAAAGUCCUGCAAUGACAACGGUGACUGCAUCCUUCAAGCUGGUGCCUCAGCCCCUGCCUGUGUGUGUCACCAUGGUUUCACUGGCCUGGCAUGUGAUCAGUGCACACCCAACUUUGUUGGCUCACAAUGUGAGCGUUGCCGGGAUACUUACAUCGGCUACAACACCACUUGUGACACACUGUGUGUUAACGGAUAUGCAACCGUUUUUGGUGGUGAUGUGUGUGAGUGUUACAAUGACGAUGCGAACGGUCACUGGAUCAACCCUGACGAUGGCUGCGUGGUCUGUCUACAGGGCUGGAACAUGCCACACUGCACAGAGUGUGCUGCACACUGGGUUGGACCAGACUGUGACAUCAGCUGCACGGAUAACCAAGGCUACUUUGUUGACAACGACGAUGGUGAUGUCAUCACCUCUCCAAUACUUCCGCAAUUCAAGUGUGUAGAGGAAACUUCAGAAGGCCUGUACAUGGCAUGGUUUGGAUACAAGAAUGCAAACCCGAAUAAUGUUUACAUCACAUCCUCCAGUGAAAAUGCGUUCUUUUUCGGGGACAACUUGGCAACUGACAUUACCACACCCACUAAGUUUAUUCCUCAGACAGUUGACUAUGCAGUCUCAAUUGGCCCUAUGAACAUGACAGAGCUGAGUUUGUACAGCUGGCAUAUCUACGUACUGUCACUGGGUAGCACACCUCAGGUGGCCAAUGUUAGCUCUCUGGGAGUGUGCUCCUCCAAACCCAAACUGACUGCACUGCCCGUUGUGAAGGGUCGAUGCGAGUGUAACCACGGUUACUGGGGCCCUGCAUGUGUGAACCAGUGCCCUGGCGGUGGAAACAACCCUUGCUUUGGCAAGGGCACAUGCGACAAGAUCACCGGAGCGUGCACUUGCAUUCAGGGUGCAAACAAGACCGUAAACUGCGAGACAUGCAUUAGUGGGUGGUUUGGUGAUGACUGCAGUCUUGUGUCAACUCUCAGACAUACCUCCAAUGCUGAGUGGUAUACUGGCAUGGUGUAUGGCUAUGGAAGCUUCCAGACCUAUGACGGGAGUAAGUACGAGAGUAACAAGGUGGGACAGUUCCUGUUAUCAAGGGUUACAAUGGCAACAUCACAGCGGUUGGAUGUCCACAUUGUCAGGAUGUCUGGUUCCAACCUGGUCCCAGUGUCAAUGACCAGCGCAGUGGGCUUCAACAUCAACGGAAAGAAGCUUGUCAUCAGGGCAGAUGACGAAGGUACCUCUGGCACUGUUACCCUUAACGAUGAACCCGUUGCCAUUGGCAGCAAACUUAACCUGGCACCGGAGGUCAACAUUAUGAUGACUUCUACAACUCAAUACAAGCUAACUGCGUCUACAGAUUUCUAUCUUACGAUUGACAUGAAGAAGAGUCGUUUGGAUGUCUAUGUCAAUGCCAAGCAGUCUGUCUGCUCUACGGCUACAGGUUUAUUGAGUUCCUGUGAUGAAAAUGAAACCAAUGACUUCAAGACAAGCAUCGGAAAUGUUCUUACUGUUGGCAGUCUGGCAUAUCCACUGACAGAGACAAGCAUUGAGGAGACGUUUGUUCCUUCCUGGCGUUGGGACGACAAUAUUUUCACCAACGUUAUUCCCAAGUUCAACAACGAAGGAGGUGAUACAUGCUUAGAGAUUCAGUGCCAGCUCAAUGGAAAGUCCUGCACCGAUAGUAGUCCCUACAAUGUUCCAUUUAAUUGGGAAGACGGAAACUGGGCGAACAUACAAUGGUCAGUUUGUACCUACAAAAUGGAGUACCCAUCAGCUACAGAUAUUGUUGAUGUUCUUGUCGAUGAUCCUCCACCAGAGAAUGUUGACCAAUGCCGCAAAAUCAUCGAGAGUGUACCAAACAUAGAUCUUUUGGGAGAGGCAGCAAAGCACCAGUAUUACCAAGAAUGUCUUUUGACAACAAUUCUGACCAAUGACACCAAAGCUGGAGAAGAAGUAGUAACACCUAUAACAGAUACUCUGGAGCCUAACAGGACAUCUCCUGAUCAUCCGACCACCUCCCUGUGCAAUGAAUACCCAGAAACGUCAGAUUACUACGGCAAAAAUUGUGAUGUGUACUGUGUCAGAGGGGCAGGUGACUAUAACGUAGAGGAUAAUCAGUGCCACUGCAGACAUGGAUUCUAUGGUUACGGAUGCUCAAAGACAUGUCUUUAUGCUCGUGACCAGAUCUGCGGAGGAGGAACUUGCAAUAAGGUCACUGGACAGUGUACUUGUUCUUCUGAGAAGUUUGACCCCUCCAAAGGCUGUGAGACAUGUGCAAGCGGUUAUAUUGGUGUUGACUGUUCAUCUGUCAUGGCAGUUAUACCUUCAACAUUGUCAACAUAUACAGCCACAUGCUUUGGACAGGGCCACUGUGAAAUGUUUGACGGACAAAUGUUUGAAAUGAGGAAGUCUGGUGAAUAUUUGUUCUUCAAGAAAGGUACUUCAUUGGUGGUCUAUGUGCGCAUGCGACCAUGUGACUCCUGCAAGGCAUGCAUUCAGCAGGUAUGGUUUAAACAAGGUGUCAAUGACUUCACAGUGAAGGUCCCUCUCUUGAUCAAUGAUCCUCUAAUAUUUGAACAAGAUGGAAAGCCAGUAACCAUUCUGAGUCUUGCUUCACACACGGUCAAUGCCCAGGCCACUGUUACCUGGGUUGAUAAGGUCACUUUGGAGUUUGUAUUUGGCACGGUGAAAAUUGCCAUGUCAUAUGUCGAGGACACAUCAUAUCUUUCUGUGACGGUGAAGACACCAUGCAAUUCAAACGACAUCACUGGAAUGCUGGGUAACUGCAACCACAACAAAGAUGAUGACUUCAAAGAUGCUUCCGGAUAUUCCGUCAGAUAUAGUGAUAUCAGUAACGAUGUCAUUGACAACAAGUUUACAAAGUAUCUUCAAAUCAGCAGUGCAGUUGCCAACAAGUUUGUCUACACGUAUCCAGGUGUUGCUCUAACCGAAGUCAAGAGUAUGUCACAAGGAUUUAGCGUGUUCAUCAAUGGAAGUGGAGCAAUGACACCAAGGGCUCCUACGGACUCCUUUUACUCAAAUGCACCUUUCAAUGUCUCUGUUGAAGCUAGGGUGAAAGUGCUUGGAACAAGUGGCCUAAUCGUAGGAUACUACAAACUUGGAUCCCAGAACAAAUUUAGUUUGUAUCUGGUGGGCAGAAGGCCAAGGAUUCAUUUGUAUGGGCAGAUUUUUGACACUGAUCAUGAACUUGAGGUGGAUGUAUGGUAUCAUAUUAUAGUGGCGUUUGAUGUGAAAAACACGUUAUUUGAUAUGUCAAUUUAUAAAGACGGAAAACAAGAUUUCUAUGCGAGUUACACUGCUGCAACUGUAAGCUUCCCACCGGAAGGAAACUUCUUAAUUGGCAAUUGGGAAAUAACACCACCACUUAAUUUUGGUGAUUACAUCGGUCUGAUAGGUGAACUAAGAAUCUGGAAUAUCUAUCUUGACAAGAAGAAGAUCUACACUCUGGUGAGUGAUCCAGCAGUGACAGGCGUUACUGGGCUGGUUAUGCAGUUCAGAUUCCCAGAAGGACUUGGUAUCAACACCUACGACUCCAAUAAAGGAAUUCCAAUGAAGUUCUCAAGUUCUGGAACAACAGCAUGGAUCAUAUCUGACAAGCAAGGAGUCCCGAUGGAUACUUUACCAUGCCUUGCUCCAACACCAGACGCAGAGCGCACGGCAGAAUGUGAGGAAAUUUUUGCUACAGAUUCUAUAACUACAGCUUGCAAUGCACUUGGAACUGAUACCUCUUCAUUCUUUUUAGACGCAUGUAAGAAUGAUGAUGGAUAUGUGCCAGCCCUUUCCUCCUACGUUGGCCUUUGUAAGAAUGUUCUCCAGCCUCCUACGAGUCCAACAGAUGGUCUGUGUGAUGAUUACAAUAGUGAACACUAUGACACUUUCUGUGGACACAUGUGCAUGCAAGGAACACCUACAAGUGCUGGUUGUAAGUGCAAUAUUGGCUACUGGGAUUGGAACUGCGCACAAGAAUGCCCUGAUCGAACCUCUGGUGGACUGCCAUGCUUUGGAAAUGGGGCUUGUGAUGUUGGCUCAGGAAAUUGCAUUUGCAAACCCGGAUAUGAUAUAUCUACCAACUGCAAGACUUGUGCUGCCCCAUUCACUGGGGAAUUCUGUGAUGAAUUCGAAGUUGUCUUGCCUCCUCCUCCAGGUUCUAAGAAUGAAACAACAGGUGAUGGCAGUGGUGGUGACACUGGCAAUGGAACCAAUACAGGUGGUGGUGAUACUAGGUGGAACAGGAACUGGUGGAACUGGAACUGGUGGUACCUGGAACUGGAGGUACUGGAACAGGAACUGAUGGUACUGGAACUGGUGGUACUGGAACAGAUGGCACUGGAACUGGCACAGGAACUGAUGGUACUGGAACUGGUGGUACUGGAACUGGAGGUACUGACACAGGAACAGAUGGUACCUGGAACAGGAGGUACAGGAACAGGUGGCACUGGAACUGGUGGUAACGGAACUGAAACAGGUGGCACUGGAACUGGUGGUACCGGAACUGGUGGUACCGAAACUGGAGGUACUGGAACAGGUGGUACCGGAACUGGUGGAACAGGAACAGGAGGCACUGGCACUGGUGGUACUGGAACUGGUGGAGAGGAUCCGAGUGGCUCUGACACCAAUGUAAUCAGGACCUGUGCUGUAUAUGGAUCUCUCAGUGCACUGUCAUUUGACAGUAUUGGAUAUGCAGUAGAUGAUCCAAUAGAACCAUCAACAGAGACCAAGUACACAUACACAUUUGGAACAACACCGGGUGUGCUGACCCCUGGUGGAACAGUGACGACGCUAUCAGGCACUACAACAUCAGGCACCGGAACUGGAGACACUGGUACUGGCACAGGUGGAACAGGAACUGGUGGUACUGGCACAGAAACUGGUGGUACUGGCACAGGAACUGGUGGUAAUGGCACCGAAACUGAUGGUACUGGCACAGGAACUGGUGGUACUGGCACCGGAACUGGUGGUACUGGCACAGGGGGAACAGGAAGUGGAGGUGACUCCCAUACAAAGGUGGUUUCUCCUGUGAUCAACGAUGUGUUUGACCCAACAAAGACUACCACAAUAUCUCUAGCUUCAUUGUUACCCAAUGAGUGUUUCGAGGAUGGUGGCAGAUUAGUGAUGGGAGGUCCCACGGGUGCUUUUGAUCCAACUGUUGGUGUGGCCUGCACGGGCUCAUUCUCUGGUUCAGUUGAAGAUUUCUCAGUAUUCAUUGAUGGAGUCUCUGAGCCAGCAGUUCAGUACAAAUUUGACGAUGGUCAAGGGCGUGUAAUUACCGAUGUCUCCGGCAAUGGAUUUGACUUAAUUGUGAAUGAUCCAUACAACCUUGGAAAUUCUGGCUUUGAUGUCUCCACCCUUCCUGCUCCUGGCUUGCCAACAGAGCUGACAGCUGAAUUCACUGAUGAGGCAUCGGAAAAGGAGGCUAAGGCCUAUUGUUCAUCACUGUUUAACAACCCACAAAUUACAAGUGCAUGCUCUGCACUGGGUAGCUCAGUAAAAUUUGUGUAUGAAAGCUCUUGCAUGGAUUUGGCUGCAAAACUUGGUAAAGAAAGUGGCAUAAGUGCACUGGAAUCUUAUACACAACUGUGCAAUUACCAACUGAUUGAUGAUGCCACAGACCCUACCACUCAAACGCCAGAUCAGAACCCAACUAGGUUCCUGUGCACCAUUGAUCCAAAGCUGGCAGGCUUCGUUGGUCCAAACUGUGACAUUCCGUGUGUCAAUCCUGACUUGAGCGAUACAUCAGUGUGCAAAUGUGCUUCGGGCUAUUUUGGCAUUAAAUGUGACAGCAUAUGCCCUGCAGGAGUUAACAACCCAUGCAGUAACAACGGUUUAUGUGAUGCAGUCUCUGGGAAGUGCUAUUGCUCGAUCAAUCAUGCUGGUUCUGAUUGUUCUGCUUGUGCGACUGGUUACUUUGGGGCAAAUUGCACUGUAUCUGUUCAACAGCCCUCGAACAAUACACAAAUUGUAACUAGCGUUUUGAGCGGUAACAGUUUCUUGAAAACACCUGACGGUGCUUAUGUGCAGGUUAAUAACAAGGACUACCCAAUAGAACUAUAUAAUGAUGGCAAUGUCACCAUUGAAGUUCAGAAAGGUCAGACUGACAAGUACCAAAGCGGUGUCAAGGCUGUUGCAUUCUCCAUUGGUAGUCAGAAUGUCACAAUAUAUCCUGCUGAGGAUGGAACUGUGAAAUUAAAUGGAGAAGAGGUUAGUCUUGGAUCAAUAAGCUUGCCAGGUGGUUACAACAUUACAAAGACUUCACAAGAAGUAAUCACUUGCACUGGGCCCAAUAAGUUCAAUGUGGAUGUCACUAUAAACGACGAUAGCAUGGGUGUUAUUAUGGAUGUAUCUAAGACAGCAUGCUCAAAGGCAACUGGCUUAUUUGGGUGCAAGAAAACUGGAACUGCAAGUUCUUGUGCGGAUGAUGAUAUUUCAUGUCUCGUUAAUGCUAUUGGUCUGGCUGCAGCAGUGAAAACAUACAAUCUGACAGAAACAGAAAUAAAUAAUUACUUUAUCAAUGAAAGUAUGCAUUAUGACGAGUCAAUUUUCAGUAGCACUGGAGAAGUACAAGUAACUGCAGGAACUGCUUUAAAGAUUGAAAAUGGUGGCUCUGUGUCUUUACCAACUUUUAGUGGUGAAAUGCUUGAUCUAAAUAAUACAGAUUACUCUCUUGAAGCUCGACUCAAAUUCCAAACAUCAACUGAUGGAACAAUCUUGAGCAUAGCAAAUGAUAAUGCCACUUUUGGUGUGAUUUGCAAGAAUGAUAAAUACUUUGUGAAAUAUGGUGACUACGAAUAUGCUACAGAUGUACCAGUAAUCAAAGGCGAGUGGACCAACAUCGGCACUUCGUUUGACCAAAUAACAGGAGAAACCCUGUUCCAUGAAAUUCACGAAAAUGGCAAUACAGUAUACAAGCAGAUUAAUAUGUCUGAUUCAAUUAGUAAGUAUGGUCCCAUCAUGGAACCAGGAAGCACCCCCAUGGUUGGCAAGUGGCAGAACAUUUCACAAACAAACCCAACAGAAGCCCCAGAAGCAGACACUGGAAAAGCCCCGCCUGUUUUCAUUGCAGACAGAGUAUUGGUAUGGCCAGUAUUCAACAAUAUAAGCGACUAUGAAAAUAAUUUCAAAUCAAACAUGGACAAUUCAACAUUUUCAACUAUCCCAGGACCAAAUGCAGAUCCUUCAGUGCUGAACAGUAAUGUUACUGGAUCCACAAGUGGAACUGGACCGACUGGUGGAACAGGAUCUACAGGAGGUACUGGAUCAACUGCAGGCACUGGAACAGGAUCUGGUGGUACUGCAACUAAUGGUACUGGCACUGGUGGUACUGGAACUGGAGGCACUGGUGGUACAGGAACUGGAGGUACCGGAACUGCAACAAGUGAUACAGAAUCUAGGGUAAAGCCAAUUAUGGGCUUCAAUUUUGAUGAGGGAUCAGGCACCUCUUUAACAGAUUUUUGUGGAGGCUUGCCCGGGUUUGUUGGAUUUGAUGGUAAAUAUACUUUCAUAGACAGUGAUCCACCGAUAACUACAGAUGGAAUACCAGAUCAGAAGGCCAAUGAUAUCAUCCCAGCAGCUGUUGACCCUAAAAUGAAUGAGACCUGCAAUACAAUAAAGAAAUCCCUUGAAUCUGUGUGUGACAAAACACUUGCAGAGGAACAGGUGGAACGAGUACAGGAGGUUCAGAUGGUGGAACAAGUGGUACCGAUGGUACAGGAGCUGAUGGCACAGGAACUGGUGGUACUGGAACUGGAGGAACAGGAUCUGGUGGUACUGGAACUGGGGGUACUGGAACCUGGAGGAACAGGAACUGGUGGUACUGGAACUGGUGGUAUCGGAACUGGAACUGGUGGAACCGGAACUGGAACAAGUGGUAAUGGAACUGGCAAUGGAACUACCACAAGUGGCAAGGACGGAUCAUACAGAAUGUUCAACACCAAGGCAAAACAACUGGACGAGACGUUUGAUAAAGUUGUGUUGCUAGAGAUGACCAACUUCAGAAUGUUGAUCCGACAAAACAGUCUGAAGAGACAUGGUGAGAAGAUUGUUGUAAUAGAUAAAGUUUUUAUUACUUACAAAAUCCAAACCAUCAACUUUGAACUGGCGUAUGGAAGUGACAAUCGUGCCUCUGAGAGCGACAAACCAAAGUCUAAAAUAUAUGUAGGUCAAAACCUGCUUACGGAGUGGAAACAAGACACAAAGGUGGACAAAACCGUUGGUCAAGUUGUCUUAGAAUCUAUUAAUGCGAAGACCAUCGCAGUGAAGGUUGCAAAUCUGAGUCUGACAAUAGAAAUCACCAGAGGUGAAACUUUUUUCAAAAUAAGGACUGUUUUGACCAAUAGUUUGCUGCCUCACAGCGGACUGUGCUACUGGGUGCCUGAUUCAAUUAGCAAGGUUGCACGUGCCGAGUAUGUGCAGUUCUCCGCUCCCAAUACAAAACUGAAGUCAGCCAAGUCUGGGACUUACUGUGAAGUUGGCAUAGACUUCAACAACAAGGAUUUCUUUGACUCCACCAACACUGAAGAGUUGGAAUCAGGCUUUGCAGUGUGUUGUAGUGAUGCAAGUUUUGGUGGCAAGAAUUUCCAGUUGUUCGAUGGUGAGGAGAUGACCACUAUUUUCUACCUGAAGACAUGCACGAAAUGCCACGGUGUUGUCUUCUCGUACAUUUUGCCUCAAUCACCACCCUUCAGCAUUGAUUACACAAGCGCAGGGUUAGAGUUGUCACACGGACCACAAAUGACCUACCCAACCGGCAUCAAGUUGAAGGACAACGUUUGGCACAUGAUCGCUCUCACUUGGUCGCUACGGCUCAAAGAGCUUCAGCUGGUCGUAUUCUUCCAAGACAGGGGACCAACUCCAGACGUUUUUAAAAUUAAUCCUUUCCUCAAACAGCCCUUCAAAGCGGGUGGAAUUCUCUCUCUUGGAAAGUUCCAGAUCAGCUCUGUCGUUCCAAAAUGGCAAAAGACGGACAAUUUUGUGGGCUGCUAUGACUCACUUGGUUUCGCCUUUGUGGCGGCAAGUGUCACCCAGCUUCAGAAUCUUUACCAGAAGUCGCCAAGCAGUGUGAAAACAUACUUGGGUGCCUCAAAGUUCUUCUAUUAUGACUUUGAUGAGGACCCUUACACAACUAAUGGCGAACUGGAGAAUGAUCUGACACAGAGUCAAAUCACUGUCAUGUUUGGAGGUAAGCGGUCAAGUCUGAAGCUGGAAAACACAGCCCCACUCAAGACCUGUUACCAGAGGACUUCUGACGCACCCAUCAAGAAGCCAGCCAAAGAUUCAUACACAAUUGUUGGCGCCCGUAGACGCAGAGCAGUUGAAAGGGAGAUUACCCACUUGAUGAAUUUUGUUGGUCAUGGGGGGCGAGCCAAACGAGCUGUGGUGUCCUACGACUAUAAUGCAUUCUGUGACCGAGUGUUUACCUCAUCAAAGAGUACAUUGGCUAAUUUAUGUGGACAAACAAAAAUGCUACCUACAAGAAGUUUGGCUCUCUGGGAAUGUUACCAUGCCAACGGUGACGGAAACGACAUUGCAGACUCAAUCACUGGAUUUGCUACAGACUGCGAAGCAGCACUACAUCUGACUUCCUACCCAGCUAAGCAAACAUGCAUGGAAUUUGAGAAAGACUUCAACCUGUAUCCCUUCAUGGGCGAGGUAUGCUCUCCGGAAUGCGCCUUUGGUGGCAUAAAGAGCUCAUCUAGUGCCUGUUUGUGCGAUAAAGGCUUCUGGGAUGCAUCAUGUAGCUCAGUUUGCCCUGGCGGUGCUACAAAACCAUGCAGUGGUUUCGGAUCAUGUGAUCAGAAGACUGGAAAGUGCAACUGCCCAAUCAACAGAAUGGGAAGUGAUGACUGUAGUAUUUGCUCGAACGGAUGGUACGGUGCUGACUGCGAAAUAACAGACAAUGCACAAACCUCAGGGGCGACAACGUUUAUGACCAUGAUGGGACAGCUUGGAAGUGCAUACACGCUGGAUGGUUUAACAUACCAAGUUAAAACACAGGGAGAACUUCUUCUGCUGGCCAUAUCGAAUAAUGUCAUAAUCCAGGGCAAGUUCAUGACAUGCUACACUAAUUUCUCCUGCAUGUCUUUCCUUGCUGCUAGAAUUGGCGACAAUGCUAAUGGUUUUGCAACAAUAACAGUACAGUCACAGCGUUCAUACAAUUCAAAGCCAUAUGUAUACAUUAACGGUGAUUACACAUCACUGGAUACAACAUCAUACUUUAAGGGUUUCACUGUUAAACGGUCAGACUACUUUGAAGUAACUUUAACUGUCAAUGAUAUGGUCACAUUUAUUGUUCGAACAGUUGGACAGUACCUGUACUUCAGGGCAGAAGUUGAUCAAUCAUUCAUACCAAACACAUCGGGUCUCUUGAGUGGUAACUUGUAUACCCUCACGUCUGACAAAAUUGAUCAUCUGUACAACGCUCAGUAUACAGUAUUUGGCGUUUGCUCAUCAUCUGCAUCAGACCAGACAGUGUUAGCAAGUGAAAGCUCAACAGUUCUUGCGUUGAAUCCAUAUACACAGGAAUUCCAAAACUCGACUACUAUGGACAUUUCAAGGUUCAAAGUACAAGACUGUGAUAGAAUUAUCCAUUAUCCAAGUGCUGACUAUGAAAGCCAGUCAGUUGGAGGUUAUGCUUUAUCAUUUAAUGAGGCAAGCUUUUUCCAAGAUUUCUACAUCGAUACAAACAGAUACACAGAUUUGACAUUUGAGCUACUCGUUAGAACUCCAACUGCUAAUGACAGCGGAGUAUUGUUUGCAUUUACAAGUGAUAAUGCCUUUUCGAUAAUAAGUGGCAAUUCAUCAAUUGAGCUGCACACAUACAUUAACAACACUGAUAUUGUUUACGAUACAGAAAUUGCAUUGAAUCAAAAUGAAUGGAAUAAAGUGUUAUUCACAUUCGAGACAACAACCCGAGAAGCCUCGUUGUAUGUGAUUUAUGCAAACGGCGCAGUUUCGUCAACAGAUACAACAUUGUUCAGCGACAUCUUCAGCAAGUCGGGAACGCUGUCAAUUGGCCACUGGAGGUCACCCCCUCAUGCUGUGCAGUACAACCUUCAGUCUUCAUUUACGGGAGAUAUGGAAAACUUCUUGGUGUGGAAUGUCAUUAUUGACAGAAGUCAAGUGUCCCAGCUUCACCAGAUGAAUCCUGCUCUAGCCUCGUCCACGCUGAUUUAUGCCCUGCAGUUCAACGAAGGUGAUGGUGGAAAGACGUAUGACAGUAUUACCAGCGCUGAGGUGAAACUUCCAUCUUACCCAUGGAAAUCACCAGAAUGGAUUGUUUCUGACCUAUCAUACAUCAGUGGUGACCUUGCUUUUUUGGCAUUCAGCUUUUUCACAGAAGCCAAAUUAAAAGCUGAAGCAGAAAACCUCUGUGGAAAUGGAAUGUUCACCGAUAAAUGCACAGGUAUGAACAAUGCAACGUUAGAGUCAUACUAUGUGACCUGUAUGCAGGCUAUUGCUGUCACCAAACAACUUACGUCUGGUUAUAACGUGGUACUGGACGCUUACAAGGUUUGCUCAACACAGAACAGCUUGGAGGCUAGCAAUGUCUCUGCAUACUGUGACUCCAUCAGUGAUGACAAUAGGAAUGCAACAGCGUGUGCCUCAUCUUGCCUAUUUGGAAUGUCAUACAGCAAUGGAACAUGCUUGUGUUUCACAGGUUACUAUGGAGACAAGUGUGACAGUGCUUGUCCUGGAACCUCGGACAGCCCUUGUAGCAAUCAUGGAACGUGUCUGUCAGAUGGAACAUGCAAGUGUGCGUGGAACUGGAACGGAGAUGCAGCCUGCUCAAGCUGCUCAAGUGAUGCUUCUGGUGAUAUGAUUGGUCCAGACUGUACAAUACUAUCAACAUCAUCUUUGUCUAGUACAUCCAGCAAAGUUGGCGCUGUAUCCAGCAACGGCUAUUUCAUGACGUUCAAUGGACAACAGAUUUCACUUACUGGUCAGACUGGUGCCUUCAUGCUGUUUAGCUCUGCUAAUCUCGGUGUUGAUAUCCACUUGUACCAGGUGAGCUGUAACUAUGGAUCCUGCGUGGCAGCAGUGUCCUUGGAAUCCGCCACAAGCAGCGUUGUCAUCACUCCAGCAGGUCAAGGCUAUGCUCCAGUCGUAUUUAAGAAUGGAGUAGAGAUCAAACUGGAUGACACAACAGUUAAAAUUGACAGUAAUAUAGAUGUGAUACAAAACUCCCUGACAGAUAUAAGUGUCAGGAUCACCACUCUUGGAUCUGUUACUGUCCAGGUCUUGGUUCAAGAGCAGUUCCUGCAGGCCUCUGUCUAUACUGCGCCAACUGUCUGCCAGUCGGCCACUGGUAUAUUUGGAGCCUGUGAUUCUACAAGCAAAGACUACUCGUCAAUGUCUGAAAACGAGAUCACUGAAUACAUCGUCAAGAAUUUCCGAUUAUCAAGUAGCGUAAUACUAACUGCUCUUAAAGCUCCAGUUGGUGAUGGGCAAAACAUAACAGGUUAUGCUCUGCAAUUCAAUAAGAAUUCUGUAAUGACACGGCCAUUGGUUUACCCCAAGAAUUUCACUUUAAAUGGAGCAAACUUCAGUUUGUCAAUGUACUGGAAACCAUCUUCAUAUGGCGGAUACAUAAUUUCCUAUGGCAAGGAUGUUGCAUUUACAGUUCUCAACACUUCUCCAUUGAAGAUUCAGUAUGAACAAAAAAUUGUUGCAACGUCAAUCACACCAACUUUGAAUGAGUGGAAUCAGCUAAUUUUGACAUUUAAGCGUGGAUCAAAUGGCACAAUUGAUCUCUACUUUUUUGAUGCCAACUCUGAUGUUACACAUGAAAUUGUUAAAUUAGACUGUCCACGUAUAUUUGAUGAAGGUGGUACAGUGAUGCUUGGAGAAUACAUGCCAGCAAAGGAGUUCAAAUACACCUACAACGUGGAGCACUUCAUUGGCGUGAUUGAUGAAGUGUCUAUUUGGAAGAAUCCAAUACCCGACUCCAUAAUCUACCAAGCAAACUUGCUAAGCACAAAGGUUUCCGGAUUUUCGUCAGAGUUAUCCCUACUUGUAUCAUUUACUGAAGGUGUUGGCACCGUAGCUUUUGAUGAGAUCGAUGGUAACAAUAUGAUACUACCAAAAGCACCAUGGUCAUCACCAAAAUGGCUGGUUUCAGAUUUAGGUCUGAAAUAUCUGAGAAAGCUGGAAAACACCAGAUACACAACUAACCAGAUUGACGGAACUGUUGAAACCACGUGCGCAGCAUUCUUUGAUGACCUAGCUUUGUCCGCAAGUUGUUCGAGAGUGUCUCCAUUUAUCCGAUGGUGGUACAAACAGAACUGCAUGGUGACAGCAACACUGUCCGGAAAUGUUACAGAUGUAACUAUGGCAAUGGUUGAUUUUGCAUCAGUGUGCAAGGUUACGGGUGGUUCUGAAAGUUCACUGUAUGACAUUAUUUGCAAAAUGAACUUAACACUACCAGGGUGGCUUGUACAGAAAUGUUCCGGUUGCGCCUUUGGUUACAAAGAAGACGACAAGUGUGUGUGUUACUAUGGUUAUUACGGAGACAAGUGCCAAUCAGUUUGCGCAGGUGGUGCUGCAAACCCUUGCAAUGGACAUGGUAUAUGCACUCAAGCUGGAACAUGUCAGUGCACAGGGAGAUUUGAUGGUGCAAAGUGUGAUGCUUGCUUGACAGGCUGGACAGGUGACAAGUGCACAAUUAUGAAACAAGCAGGUUUCAAUCCACUUGGAAACAAUGCAGAAACCUUGGUGGCCCAGGUAAAUCUUCUUGGACAGCUGUCUAUGUUUGAUGGUGUCGUGGUAGAUAUGCCAUUGAAGGGAUAUUAUGAACUGAUGUCUCUGGAUGCCUUGGGCAUUUCUCUGCACGGACGAUUUGGUGUUUGUGAGUCAUCGAAUGCACUCCAUAGCUGUCUUAUUGGCUUUGUUGUCGAGCACAAUGGAACGGAAUAUUACAUAAGCCAUGAUGGCUAUGACCAAGUUUCAAGCGUUCAAAUAAUGACUGCAGGUGAACCUCUGAUGCUGUAUGGUGAGCUUCAACUUGGCAACAUUACCCUGGAAUUGGAAUCAAAAACCACAAUCAAAAUGAAGGUGGAGGGCUCAGAUAUGGUGAUAAAACUGUCUUCAAUUUCAGAAAGGCUCAUGGCUACAGUUUCAUUGCCUAGAGCUGAAUUUGAUGCUUACCAGCCUACCUUAGAUGGCAUUGUGACAUCUUGCGACACAGCUGUGGCUGUAACUGCUUCCAACUGCUCCAGCGUUACCAGGCAAGCCAUUUGCGAUAAAACUCAUAGCGUUGCAAGUGAGUGUGAAUUGCCUCAGACAAAGGACUCACUGGCUGCAUAUGUCAGCAAAAAGAUGUACACUAAUCAAGCAUUCAUGGAUAUUGUUGAAAAGAAAUACCUAUCCCCUCUGGCACCCAACUGCUUAGAAUACUCAAAUGGCAAUGGCAUGACCGCGGCAGGAAUAACACUACCAUCAAGCGACUUUGCACUAGAGAUGCAUGUGAAACCUAAAACGAACGGUGGGGUCCUCAUGACAUACGACAAGGAAGGUGAAUACCUAGUGUUGCUCAAUCAUGACGUGACCAAUCAGCUGGUACUGCACACAGCCACCAAAAACUUCUUCACGGGUUUGAAACUCGCUCAGAACAAGUGGAACCAGAUUAGUCUGGCAUGGAGGGAUGAUGCAGGAGUAAUGGAGCUCUAUCUUGCCGACGAUAAUGGUAUUUCCACAGUGUAUGCAGCUGAGGUCCCCGACCUGUUUGACAGUAAAGGCACGCUGACCCUUGGUCAAGUGACUCCUGGACUUACGGCCAGCAUUGCAGCUGGGGACUUUAAUGGUCACAUUGACGAAGUUCGCAUUUGGUCCAGACCACACAACCCUAACGUUAUCACAGAUAACUUCAGAGUGACUGUGACUGACAUGACUGAGGAUGUCUCGCAUAACUGGAACUUUAAUGAAGGCAUGGGCUUAUCAGCUUAUGAGAAGAGUUCUGGUCAAAACUUUGUGCCCGUCAAUGUGGAAAAUGCACCAAAGUGGGUGAAGUCAGAUCUUGAUCUUGCAGUUGAUGAUGACCUUGAUGCACCACAGAUGACUAAACAAGAUGCAGAGAAUGCUGCGGCACUGGCCAAUGCCCAAGCACAAUGCGCAAACCUCAUCAGUGAAUUCUCGUUGAAUGCGAUUGCAUCUGAUAUGAACACGCUACUUGCAGUCUAUGAAGCGUUAUGUGUUCAAGAGUUGAUGAACUCCAACGACACAGAUAGUGCUGCAGCAAUCAUGGUAGGAAUGGCAGACUUGUAUGGAGGCUUAACAAAUGACACAAACAGUCCUAUACAGGGCCUCUGCAAUGUCCUAGAUUCACUUUCCUUGUUCUUGGGAGUCAGCGGCAGCAACUGCACAAGCUGCAACUUCGGCAGUUUGGAUGAAAGUGGCACAUGCAUGUGUUUGGAUUCUCACUGGGGUGCUUCCUGUGAUGACAUAUGUCCAGUAGGUAAACUAGGGGCCUGUAAUGCUCGUGGUGUUUGUGACAUACAGUCUGGAAAAUGUAACUGUCACCCACGCCACUACACUGGUGGAAAUACAGUUGAAGAUUUCUGGAAAAAGUUUGUCAGUAAAAAGAGUAUGGGUAUGAAAGAUGAUUACACAUGUGCCUCCUGCUCAGGAGAUUGGGUUGGAAAAGAAUGCGAGUUCUCUAAAAUUACUCCUAAAUCUACCACUGAGUUCACUGGCAUGGUUUAUGGUUCCUACUUGACAACUUUUGAUGGCAUGUCCUUAUUACAUGCUGCCCCGGGUACAUACUCGCUAUUCAAAGCCAGCGAUGUGGAAGUUCAAGCCCUGUUUGAACCUUGCAAGGGAAACCACGCAUGCCGUCUUAUGUCUGAAUUGGCAAUAGCCAGUGGGACUACAUUAGUUCACAUUCAACAUAAUCCAGUAGGAAACAUGUCUGUGGUUGUUAAACACAACGGUAAGACAGAAAAGAUUGAGUACCCACACAAUGUGAAAUCCUAUGGAAAGAUCGAUGUAGCUUGGAGCGAAGGGCCGUUUGUAAAAGUCCAGCAAGAAAGCAUUAAGAUUAUAACGUAUGAUUCACCUAUUGGUCUUAUUACUCAUGGUAGAUUUCCUUCUAGUCAAGCUGGUGCAAACAAUGGAAUGUUUGGAAACUCUGCUAACAGCUGGUUGAAGACCAUUAAGUGUCCAGACGACACUACAACUUUGAAGGAGGAUGAGGUUACGUCUCAGUACGCCGGCAACUGCAUUCGUGAGAACUACACGCCAAGCAAGAGUAUUAUUGAUCAUGAACUCGGAUCAGAGGAUAUUACUUCAGCAGGUUUCAGUAUGACAGUGCAGAGUGGUGGUGAAAUUUCCAUUGGAGGGUUUGAUCUGCAGCAAGAACUUGCAGAUUUCACUGUAGGCUUCUGGGUGAAGGUGGAAACCUUAUCAAAGAAGCGUUCCAUACCUUCCUUGACCAUCAUGACCCUUGAUGUUGGCUCUUAUCUUGCUUUUAAGGUUGAUUCUGGUGAAUUGGUCGUAGACUGGAAUGGAGAAUACAGAACUGAUAUCCUGGUGAGCACCGACAAAUGGUAUUAUCUAGCUUUCACAUGGGCAACAGAUGGCAAGGCGUCAGUGUAUCUAAUCACAGAAACGCAAGUGCAGGUCAAAGAUCCAUUGCCUGAUCUCAUAAAUACUGGGCUGAAAGUGAACCUAACAGGAAUAAACAUAACAGCUUCAUCAACGGAGACUGUCACUGUUGACUGUGUGAGGACAUGGAAAAUCAAGAAGUCGCUAACAAAUGCUGAUGCAGAUAGCAGGACAUACUGUGGACCUACAAGCCCAACUGAUACAGCACUCUUGCUGGCUAUACCGUUCGAUGAAGGGGAGGGUAAUGAGACCACAAUGACAAUAUACAAUGAGGUUGUUGGAACUACAGCAGGGCACAUCCUGGAUAAUGUUGCCAUUAAUCUGACAGAACCUGUUGUCUGGAAGCCUUCUAAUGCUCCUGUUUCUAGCAUCAGCUCUCCCGGUCCAUUGACUGUGUAUCAUCGCUCCAAUACUCAUGACUACACGCAGGCUGCGAUCAACUGCUUAAGUGUCCUCGAUAAUGAGAACAUCACUAAACACUGCGAAGUCCUGCCCAGUGGAAUUCGCGACCACUUAUUAGAGGCCUGCAUUCGCGAGCAUGACAGAGCUGGAAAAGAGGAGUCCAAAAAUAUAAUGUACUCAUCGUUGAUCUUCUACUGUGCUACUGCCAUGAAAGUAGAUGAGUGUAAAUUUAAAGGUUACUUCUAUUUCUGUGAUGAGACAGCAGAGGACAGCAGUGGAGGAUUCCCCAUGUGGAUCAUUGGUGUAGCUGCCGGAAUUCUGCUUCUGCUCAUCUUACUGAUUAUCAUUGUGAUUCGCUUGAAGAAGAAAAAGAAGGAAAACCAGGAGUUCACUGAACAACAAGAUGAGAUCAAUCAACAAUACCAAAUGCUCCAUAGUAAGAACACCAAUACUAGGUUCAAUAAAUCUCGCCUGGCAUACUAUGACAACCGUGAAACAUCCUUCGUGAACAGUGGCGCAUCAGGUGCUGGAAGAGUAUCUGCCUGGUCAAAUGGAAGGGAUUCCGCCAUGUCGGACGGAAGGGCCUCUCAGAAUACAAUCAGCUCCAGAUUCUUUGAAUCUCCAAUGAUGUUUAUGAGUGAUGAACCGUCGGGACCAAACAGGGCUCGAUCUCAGACACCAACAUCUAGCCGCGGAUUUUCACCUCUCAGUUUCCUCGGAAAGGGAACUGUCUCGCCAACCCCAACCAGCAUCAUGGUUGACACGCCUGGAAAUGUGCCUGAUACAUACAAGAGCAAGAAGGAUUUCACGGGGGUCAAGACAGAAGGCAAGGGCACUUUUUCAGCGGUGUCUAAGCUGCUGGACAAGGCACGCAAAGAGGCUCCAGCUGAGUCUCCUCACCCUGCCCCGCUUCAAGCAUCUGCAGGUCCCAACACCUAUCCCAAAGGCCCUAUGUUUAAGAAGAGGGAAUCUGCCGUCAGUCUGGCAAGCAUCAACAUGGCCAAGAGGAAUUCUGCUAGCAGUAUGGCCAACAACAGCUUCGGAACAACCAGCCCCCCUAUGAGCCCCACUGACACCCAGGGAGAUUUCAUCAGCUUCUCUCCAACUGGUCCUUCAGGUGAUUCAUCCGGAGGGCGGAAUGCUAAUCUAAAGGGGCCUGUAUUCAGACACAGAGACUCGAGCGCAAGCCUUUCAAGCCUGGCUGGAAGCAGUUCAAUAGCUCUGGCCAAUGACACCGUUGGAACUACGAGCCCACUAUUGAGCCCUAUUGAUGAACAUGGCAACUUCUUGGGUACCAGUAGUCAAUUUGGUGGAGUGCUGAGCCCCAGACCGUCAUUUGGAGCUGAUGCCCCAACCUCCUUAACUGGAAAGCGUGGCACACCAAACGCAGCGUUCCUAGGUGAUGGCAACUCUAGCUCAGCACUGGAUGGGGAAGCGGCAGCACCCUGGAAGAAACUUGCUCCCAUACCAAGACUUCCCCCACCCUUGUCACGGAAGAAAUCCAAUGUGGACGAUUUAGAUAUGAUAUAAACACUUAAUUUGUUACGACGCUUUUACCGUAAAAUGCUUGCAUUUAAUUUCAUAUUAAUAUGAUAUUAUUUUACAUUCUUAAACGUGAUAUGUUGACUCAAUUAAUGAACAGUGUUAAAGUUUGCAACCAUUUUAAGCCACAAACAUGCAAACUAUUUAAGCAACUAUCUCCAUUCCUAAAAGACUUAAGAAAUUAAAAAAAAAGCUUAUGUUAGUUUUCAAAAACAUGUAGUAUAUAUUUGAUAUGAUGUUGGCCAUGAUAUCACGGGAUUUAAAAUGCAUUUUCUUUACGGUUAUAUGUUGUGCUUUUCUUAUCAUUUCUAUGCACAUCCGUUUUCUUAUUUAUACACAAUAUUUUAUGUUGUGAUGUUUGAAUGUGGAAUUAAUAUAUUCUUGCAAAACACUUGAAUACAGCACAUGUUAAAAAGGGUUUGCUUAUACAAUUUAAAGAUUUAAUAAUUCAAAAAAUAUUUUAAGAUCAAAAUGAUGUAAAAUUGCACGAGUGGUGAGCAUUGAAAACGGGCUGCCGGUUUCAAAGCUUUCACUGCUAAGCAAUUGUGUUUUUAAAUGACCUUUCAAAAUAUUCUAUUCAAUGAAUGCUUUAUUGACUCAUAGGAUGAAAUAUUAUUUUUGACUGUUCCAGUUUUUUUUUCACAUUUGUUUUUUAUUUAUGAAAAUGAACGUUAAAAAUCUUUUGACCAAAAAAAAUCCUCUUUUUUAAAUAUUUAUAUUUGCAUGUUGUUGUUGUUACUGUGUGCCUUUACUAUUUUCUAAUAAACUAUCUUUAAAAUA